GUACAGCUUGCCUAAAAGUAUCUAUUACUGUCUUUCUGUUACCAGAACAAGCAAUUCUUCCAAUUAAGAGCAUGAGAAUGAUAUUCAUUCUGCAAUGUAAGCUUUGCAUACUUUCACAAUCACAUGUUGUGAUAUAUUUUUUAAAUAAUUUAUCUAAUUUUGAGCUAUUUACUCCUAACAUAUAUCUGUUGCACAGCAUAGAGAAGGGAGCAUAGAAGGUAUCUUUGGUGUCAAAAUUAAAAAGAAAAGGAACAUUUUGAAUCAAGUUGUCUGGCAGUUCGGUUUUGCUCACUCAUUUAGCAUUUUCCUAACAGGUAUUUGUUUAUAUCCCACCUUUCCUUAGCAUACUUAAGGCAGCUAGCAAAACCCAAUGUGGGAUGAAGCAGUGACACUAAAUCAAUUUUCUUUCCCCUUUCCCUUUCUCUUUUAAAAAUGAGAUCGGAAUCUUAUGAUGGCAGAUUAUGAUAACCUUGUGGAAAAUUGAGGGAUGAUCUCUCCAUCAGCUGCCACUAAAUGAGAAUGUCUUCAGCCACUGCUUUUGCUACAGGGAAUAAAUGUUGCAGAAGCAUGGAUGGCAAAUGGAAAGCUUCAUUUAAAUGGAGAACAUACACACCCAAGUCCCUAGCUAUGAGAAAAGAUCUAGGAGGUUUGCCAUUUACUCUGGAUUUCUUUGUACAAGUUAUUUUCUUAGAGAUUUCUUACAAGAGUCAUUAAAAAAUCCCACGAGAUUCUUAGAUGUUCUGUCUUCCAGUCUGUUUCUGGGCCCAAUUUUAAGAGCCAGUUUUCAUCUAUAAAUAUCUAAAUUUAAGCCUUGGGUUACUUGAAAUAUCACUUUCUUGCAUACACCAAUGUGGUUUUUAAUAUCUUUGUCUGAGACCCUGCUCUGAGUGCCCCUGCCAAAUGACAUCAGGUGAUAGAGGUCCUUACCCUUAUGGGAGAUAUGUAUGGCCCCUUCUCUAUUGGUUUUUAAAAUACAUUUUAAGAUUUCUUUUUAAUUCCUCAUAGCCAAACUACAUUUGGAUAUUUUUCUGGAGUUCUCUUUUUGCAAAUACAGUGGUACCUCAGGUUACAAACACCUCGGGUUACAAACACUUCGGGUUACAGACUCCGCUACCCCAGAAGUAAUACUUCGGGUUAAGAACUUUACCUCAGGAUGAGAGCAUCUUGGAAGAUCCUAUGAAUACAGUAUCAGAAGUAUUGAAAGAAAUUGAUAAGUUUGGACAAUUGGCAGGAUUUAUGUUGAAUAAGAAAAAAACCAAAGCAAUUAUUAAAAAUACUGACCAGGAGUUAGUUAAUAGACUACAGCAGCAAACUGAGAUAGAAGUGGUUAAGAAGUAAAAUAUUUAUGGGUUUGGUUAACCCCCAGGAGUAUGGACUUGUUUCAGAAUAAUUAUGUUCCAACAUGGAAUAAGAUUAAAAGGGACCUUGAGGUAUGGGGAAGAAUGAAACUUUCUUUUUGGGGAAGAAUUACAACGAUAAAAAUGAAUGUGCUACCGAAGAUGUUAUUUUUAUUCCAAACAGUUCCAGUAAUCAAGGGGGGCAGCAAUUUUUAAAAACUGGCAAAGAGAAAUUUCAAGGUAUAUCUGGCAGGGUAAGAAGCCGAGGAUAAAAUUUAAGAUUUUAACAGAUGCAAAAGAAAGAGGAGGCUUCGCCCUGCCAGACCUGAAAUUAUAUUAUGAAGCAUCCUGCCUCUUUUGGUUAAAGGAAUGGAUAAAAUUACAAGAUACGGAUGUGUUAGACUUAGAAGGUUUUGAUAAUAGAUUUGGGUGGCACGUGUAUUUGUGGUAUGAUAAGAAACGGGUCCACAAAGGUUUUGAAAAUCAUAUUAUAAGAAGGUCCUUGAUUGAAGUAUGGGAAAGAUACAAAAAUCUGUUGGAACAAAAAACUCCUUAUUGGUUAUCACCGCUGGAAGCGAUGAGCGUGAAGAAACUCAAUAUGACAGGGGGUUGGGUAACAUAUGAGAAAUUGAUAUGUAAAAGUGAAGGAAAAUGGAAAAUGAGACCAUUUGAAGAAGUUAAGAAUUAUGUGAAUGACUGGCUGCAUUUUUUUCAAAUUAAUGAGAUUUUUAGAAAAGAUUUAAAUGAAAGGGGCUUUGCUGAUAAAGAAUCCAAAUUUCAGACUGACAUAUUAAAUAAUGACUGUAAGAUCUUAGCAAAAAUGUAUAAGAUAUUGCUGGAAUGGUAUACGAAGGAUGAGGAUCACGUCGGGGUCACCAGAUGUUGGGUUGAAAUCACGACAGACGAAUGGUGGGUGUCAAAGGAGAGACGUCUGCCGGGGCAAGUCCCGGGAACUCUCUUUUAUUGAAUAUUACAAACAUUGCCACAGGUGUGCUUGUGGCUGAUUGGCUGAUACAAACACAAAGCAUCUUGUUGCUGAUUGGUUAACAUAGGUACAAGGCGGGAAUAACAUAUUACAUCAAUCACUGAUAGAUCAAGGACUGGGAAACGGAGCUGGAACUAGACAGGCAUGAAACCUCCCAAUUAAAUUAUAACUAAAGAUUGAUAUUGAGAGAACAUAACAUGAAGGAAUACAACAAUCACGUUCCGUAAAUGUGGUCAGCAAUGCAUUAAGAACAGGUCAGGAUACACUGUUUCAUGAACUCAAUGGGAACUGUUCAGAACAUUCUCAGACUUAUGUGCAGAGGCAAAAACUUCCCAGAAUGUAAGAGAGAAAAGAAGCAAUAAUGCUAAAAGCAAGACUUUCCCAAAAUGCCACAGUUAUGUGCAGUAAGAGAAACUGCAGAAAGGAAAACUUCCCUUCAAAAAUCGGUGAUGAUUGAUUGGGCCAAAGAUAUAGGACAUAAUAUACAAAUGGAGGAAUGGGAAAGAUGGUUUAAGAUUCACUGCAUGUACUGCUAUAAAAGAAAAUGUUAUGAAGAUGAUGUAUCGAUGGUAUAUAACCCCCGUAAAGUUAGCAAAAAUGUAUAAGAUAAGUAACAAAUGUUGGAAAUGUAAAGAAAAGGAAGGCACUUUCUUUCAUAUGUGGUGGGAGUGUAAGAAGGUAAAAUGCUUCUGGGAAAUGAUUUAUAAUGAAUUGAAGAAAAUGUUGAAAUACACAUUUACUAAGAAACCAGAAGCGUUUUUACUUGGUAUUACAGGGAAUGAGAUAAACAAGAAAGAGAAGAAGUUAUUUUUAUAUGCAGUGACUGCAGCAAGAAUAUUGAUGGCCCAGAAAUGGAAACAAGAGGAGAUGCCUACGAUAGAAGAUUGGAGAGCCAAAAUGAUGGACUAUGCGGAAUUCGACAGAAUGACAGGAAGGAUUCAGAAUCGACGAGAUCAAAGAUUUACAGAAGAUUGGGAGAAGUUUAUUCAAUAUUUGCAAAAACUAAGUGAUAACCAGAUUACGUUUGUAAGCUUUAAGGAAGCUCUGUGAUGUGAAAAUCUUAUAAUAAGUAUAAAUAAUGAAUUGAAGCUACCAGAAUAAUUAACAAUAAGUAGGAUUGUGUUAAAAGUUAUAAAAUGAAGGAAGUUCAGACAAAUUGAGGGAAGUCAAAAGAAUGGAAUUAAGAGGUAAUUAAGAAGUUUGAAUGUACAACUUUGUUUUCUUUUUUUGUAUUUGUAAACCAAUAAAAAUAUAAAUUAAAAAAAAAAAAAAGGAUGAGAGCAGAAAUUGCGUGGCAGCGGGAGGCCCCAUUAGCUAAAGUGGUACCUCAGGAUAAGAACGGUUUCCGGUUAAGAACGGACGUCCGGGACGAAUUAAGUGCGUAACCAGAGGUACCACGGUAUUUGUUUGCAGCCGUUAUUUCACUGGUAGACCUUUUGGAAACUGUUUGUAUUAUCUUCUGGGCAUGAUGUCUUGCCUUCUGGAAACAUGCCCAGCACGUUGGAGAACAGGGGUGUGUGUUGUAUUGCCUAUCCUGCUCCCUCCCCCCCCCAAUAUGUCCUGUUUCUCUCAGGUGCAGUGGGAGGUCACUGUCUUAUUCUCACCAAUACUGAAGUAAGAUUCAGCUGGCAGUCCUCUUGGUUAAUGUACUUAGAAUGCAAGGGAGGCAAUUUUGUCCUUUCCAUCAUACAGCAAAAUGUAUCAAGCCCAACCUGGGAUCUCAGUUAUUACAUCUUUGGGAAUCACACUCUUGGGAUUUCUUUAAAUCUUCCUUGGAAGAGUUGAAAGAACCUAUCCUUUUCCUGCUCUUCAACCACCUUAACGAUAGGAGCAUAUUUAAAGUUAAUAAGUGUGGGAAGAGGUAACUAAACUGUAUGCUCUCUUGUUUCCAGAACUGUUUUUGGAGGGGGACUGACUUUCUGUGUCUCUAGAGAGUCUCUUCAAAAGAACUCCGGCACAGGAGUCCCUAAUGAUAUAAAUUCUGUGGCAGUUGCAACAGGCAGAGUUUACGACGACGGAAUAUUGAUCAACAGAUGUAGCUUAGCUCAGAGACUUGAAUAGACAUGGAUUAGAUGCAAGACCCCAUAUGUUCCCCAUCUCCAAUUUCAUUAAUCUUAUUGUGUUUGGUGGCUAUGAGAUACUCCUUUAUAUCAGAUUAUGGGAAAGACCUGAUUGAUAACGCUAUCUAGAGAAAUAUUUAUUUUGUGUCAAUGAUAGUACUUUUGAUUCUGAAAACUUUUGUGCCGCAGCGUGCCAGUUGCAGAAGUCCUUGAACUCAAUGGUUCUUUUUAUUAUGUGAUAUGAGAUCUUUGUCCUUUGUAAAUGAAUAAAGAGUAAUGGAGAGAAACGUUGGACUUUUUCUUUUAGCUUUGCCGUCACUGAUUAAAGAAGCUGAAGGGGCUUUCUAGAAAUAAGCUCUGUUUGGACCCAGGCACCUUAAUUAAAUUGAUUGCUCAAUUACUUUUGGACUAAAAGAAAGAAAGAAAGAGCAACACUUGAUUAAAAUUCUGCUCUGAAGAAAAAUGAACACCUGUUUUUUGUAAACACUGCAGCCAGAGGGAUCUCAGUCAAUGCUUGCAAGAGAAAGAAGCACUAGCAAGUCGUGUUUGGGGAAGAAGCGGCAGCCCAGGACAAUCCAGCAAAAGAGGGAAAAGGACAUGCGUUUACAUGCAAACAAAAGAUAAUCUUAAAGCUGUCACCUUAAGGGGACAUACUAAGUUUUAUUUGAAUACUAAUCAGCUUGCAGAAUCCAGCAUACAGAACUGUUGAUAGCUGGCUUGGGAUCAAGGGUGCUUUUCUGCAUCUGGCAACAACAUGGGUCAUUCUGACUCCACUGUAAGCACAUGUCAAAGAACGGGAGUCACUGAGGGGCAAAUUGCUCCAUUCAUUUCAAAGGAUGGGACUCACCCAGCACAGAGGGAAGAGUGAUGCCAUAUUGUACUUCCUUGAAAUGUGUGAAUAGCAUCAACUGAAGCGAAUGGCAACGUGCUUUUCCGAAUGUGGCAAAUGGAUGGGAUGCGGGAGAGAUUUAGGAUCUGUGCUUGGUUUCUGCUUUUGGCUCCUUGCACUUCUCUCUCUUAUCUAAAAUGCAUCUUGCCCAUUUCCUCUUGCAGGGACACAUUAUGCUCUGGGAGAGAGAGGUGCAAGAUCAGUUCUGGAUUUGAUGGAGAAAAGUUUGGACAGAAAGCCUAAGGGAAAUAUGCACCCUAUGGCUGCAAAGGUAUGGAUUUUUGUCCCAUCUGAAACAAGCCUGGAAGGGAGCUACAUGUGAAUACAAAAUGGCCAACUCUUAUACUCAGAACAGAAAGCUACUAAUUUUAUAGUAGUCUGCUGCCUUCCUAUUUUACAAGUUAAUCUUCUUUCUCCCGAAUCUAAGUUCUGUUCCUGAAUCUACUCUUUUCCAGUCACUGCCAGAUGUCAUAGAUCUCCAACCCUCUUUUCAUUUUUAAGAUCUAUGAAAAGAAGGGGUGGGUGAGGGAAGAUAGAUUUUUGUAGCCUCUCACUGACUUACAUCACUAGAUGCCUUAUUGCUUGAUGAUUCGCUGCUGCAUGUGCGAAUUGUUUCAAUUGAACAAAAUUGAUUUAAGGUUAUGCAAAGUGAUGGUACAGAGCCUAGGGCUUGCCGAUCAGAAGGUCGGCAGUUUGAAUCCCUUCAACAGGGUGAGCUCCUGUUGCUCGGUCCCUGCUCCUGCCAACCUAGCAGUUCAAAAGCACGUCAAAGUGCAAGUAGAUAAAUAGGCAGGAAGGUAAACAGUGUUUCUGUGUGCUGCUCUGGUUCGCCAGAAGCGGCUUAGUCAUGCUGGCCACAUGACCCGGAAGCUGUCUGCAGACAAACGCCAGCUCCCUCGGCCAGCAAAGCGAGAUGAGCGCCACAACCCCAGAGUCGUCCACGAAUGGACUUAAUGGUCAGGGGUCCCUUUACCUUUAAAGUGAUGAUACAGCAGUUUCCCCUAUAGUGCUUGACCCAUGAUGGUUCUUUCACACGUGCAAGUCAUCAUAUUAUUUUCAUUCAUAACAUUUCUGCACACCCUUUAUAUAAAGUACUCAGUGUAGGUAUAAAUAUAUAAAAAUUGGACAAUAAGAUCUGUUUCAUCCAUACCUAGGCUGGUGAUAGGCUAUACAGCCCAGGGUGCAGAAAUGGAACAGGCAACCCUCUCUUCUACCAUGCAGGUAUUGCAUGCAGAACGAGGACUCUUGUGUGUGGUGGAACAUCUGGUCAAUAAAAAAACAUCUGAGUGAUACAGGGAAGGGAUGCAUCCUUCACUCUGUCAUCAUAUAAAACAAUAGCAAGUCUUGGGCCACCUCACCAACACAGUUAUUGCCACAUAAGCUUUAUGCUAGUCUUUAAGGCACCACAAUAUUCUUGUUUUUCCUGUGACUGGCUAUCACAGCUGUUUUCUUCUAGAAAGGCACCAGCCUUUCUGAACACUGGGUACCGGCACAGUUUUCAUGAGCAGGAGAUGGUGACCUAACCUUGACUUCUCCCUUUCCCACUAGGUAGAUAUACCAUAACAGUCCAUCAAAUUCUCUGCAUUCCAUCUUGUUUUAUGUGUAGGUUAAACAGCAUUCAUAUAUGUUUAUAUGAGGGUGGGGAUCCAGAAUAGUAACACCAAUCAUCCCCGUUAUAUUACUGAAUGCCUCUGUGUUUGUAGAACUCUUUGGGCCACAAGAGAAGAACGAAAGGUGGAUUAGAAUCAUGGGAAUAAAUACAACAAGGUUAUUGUUUGAGUUGCAAUUCUUCCUGCUUCUUCUACUUUCUUUUUCUUUCUUUUUUCUUUUUUCGAGGGGGUUGUGUAAAGUUCUGCAAAUGAUUGUAUUAAUCCAAUUAUCAUAUGCUUCUGCCAUGGGUUUCAGUGGCAGAGUUCCAGUAAUUACUCUUCAUUAGUAUUCAUUAGUACCAGGUCUUGCCUGAUCUCAAGUUCAUGUUGAAUAAACUCGGCUGUAAUAUUUUUGAUAUGGGCUAGAUGUAGAGGUCACCGUGGAGGCAUUAAUUAGGCCUGGUCGUCAGAAGAUAUUUUUGUGGCUCUUCAAAUGAGUUUUGCUUCAGAUGCGCCAUGGCUUUCCACUUGUGAAGUGUGAGCAGAUAUGCAAAGCAGAGUUAGCAGCAAAGCCGACGCUUCAGCGUCCUAAGAAUCUAAGAGCACAGGCCACAAGAAAGCCCAAACACACACACUGUCUGCAACGAUCUUCCAAAAAUGCACAGUGUUUCGGGACCAUUUCUUUACAACUCUGACUUAAGCAUGUAUCUUGUGAACUCAAGUUAAAGUGGAAAGCGUGGGUGCUGGAAAAUGACGCUGGGUGAUUUUCUUGGAAUAGAUUUCUCCCCCAAUUAGAUGUUGUAAAGGAUUGUAAGAUCUUGAAGACAUCUCUAACCAAAUGCUAGACUCUGGAGGAUUGGGGGAAAGAAAUGGUAAAAACCAGCAUGCUUGUAUAUUUUCUUUUCUUUUCUUUUCUUUUUUUUAAGAAGAAGAGUUUGGAUUUGAUAUCCCGCCUUUCACUCCCCUUCAGGAGUCUCAAAGUGGCUAACAUUCUCCUUUCCCUUCCUCCCCCACAACAAACACUCUGUGAGGUGAGUGGGGCUGAGAGACUUCAAAGAAGUGUGACUGGCCCAAGGUCACCCAGCAGCUGCAUGUGGAGGAGCGGAGACGCGAACCUGGUUUCCCAGAUUACGAGACUACCACUCUUAACCACUAUACCACACUGGCUCUCGUAUAUUUUCUUUUUUUUAAAAAAAUCCUUUAGACCACUUCUUCUUUGGCAAUGCUGAGAUACGUCUCAGAGAGGAAGAGAAUAACUUUCUUGUGCAAGAGAAGUAGACAUCUUCUUCGUUCAGAGGCUGUAUACUACUGAAAGCCAGCUUCUGGGGAGUAACCGCAGGAGAGUCUUAUUGAUUUCAUGUCCUGUUUGUGGGCUUCCUAUAGACAUAGAAUCACAGAAUUAUAGAGUUGGAAGGGACCACAAGGGUCAUCCAGUCCACCCACUUCAAUGAAGGAAUCUUUUACCCAAUGUGGGUUAAAGAACCUCAGGCUCUACCAACUGAGCUGGCUGGCUGCCCUGAUUCAGAAGGGCUUUUCUUAUGUUCUUCUGUUUUGAGUAAAAAUGAAAACUGCAUAAUAACAAUUUUUUUAAAAAGAGGAUGACAUUGUUAAGCUCAAGCUAGCCUACACUUUACUCUCUAUGCAUGUAUUUAUGUAUUUCUAGGUCAAUGUCUUUUGAUGUAUUUAAAAAAGAAAAGAAAUGUAACCUUAUUUGUCUUUUCCAUUUCAUUAAUUUUUGUUUGAUUUUAUAAAAUAUUAUGAACUUGAAAAAGCAACAGCUAUUCAAAUUAUCUCAGUAGGUUCCCAGACAAGUUUGCAAGAUAUGGAGGCUUUGUACAAGAGAUAUUGAUGGCUAUUUGCAAAUAGCUGUAUCUUUCAGAAGUUUCAUUUUUUAAAGAAAAUAAUUUAAAUAAUAGGUAAGCAAGAAAAUCUUCAAUGAACAUUGUAGUCUUAUGCAUACUUUGGCUUUUGACUUACUGAAAUAGCAAAUCACAAACAUAAUAAGGUGAUGUCCAAUAAGUCUGCUCUGAGUAGGACUAACAUUGGAGAUCACCCAAAAAUGUUAGGGCUCAGAUACUGAGCUUACUGUAAUGCUAUGCCCGGUGUAUGAAAUACCAGGAGUACUAUGGAUGAGAAGCCAGUCUUGUCAGUAGAAGCCCUGCUGUCAGGGACUGGACAGAGGAGGAAUUGUGGAGAUCGCCUCCCCAGCCUGAACCUUCCAGAGAAGAGGAAGACAGUAUAGAUUUACAACAGUGGUUUGCGGGAGGUCACAGCUCAGAGGCAGAUGAAGGGCAAAGUUGGUAAAGUUGGGAAAUAAUGGGAAAAGUGUAAAUGGCUUACACUUAUCACGAGAAAGCAUUCCAGACCCUCCUCCUCCCAGAACCUGGCAAACAAUGAAAGUAGGAGAGCAAAGGGCUCAGAGACAAAUGGCCCUAAGCGGCCACCGUAAGGUGGGUGGUGCUGUUGAUGAUUGAGGAAGUGGAGAGAAGGGGGUGGUGGUGGAGAUUUACUCGGAGCAACACCAUUACUCCAAGAGGCUGCAUUUCUAAGCUUCUCUCUGUGAAUAUUGAAUAAAAGACAUUGGAAAGAACUUUCCUUGUCUUAUCUAUUCCUGGCAGCCUACCGUGGGGGGAUUGGAUUCCCUGAUGCCUGACACCUGCACAAGGACUUUUGGUUAUGUGACAGGGCUGUCUCCCAUGCAUCCUGCUCAUUGGCGGGGCAGGGAGUGUGAAGAAUUCCAGAACAGCAUGCGGGAAGAGGAGAGUGGGGAAACUCUUUAUUCUGGAAAGCUGCAAUGAUGAAAAAUUUGCCAUAAACUGUGGCAUUGAAUUCUAUUCCAGUUCAUUAUUUGCUGUUUUGAAUUCCUUUUGGUGUUUUCUUGUGCAGAAUAUUUAAGAAUCAGCCACCCUUUUCCCCAUGAGUAGGGCUAGGUAGUGUAUAGGGCUAGGUAGGUUUUACUUUAUUAAAUUUCUCAGAGUUGCAUCCAAUGCUCUUCCAACUUGGAGUACAUCCACUCAAAUGAAAUGAUGCAAGAACACUUCGCAGCAUUCAAUGGGUCUCUUCUGAGUAAUACCUUGGCUGAAUGCAGUCCUUAGUCACCAACCACAAGCAAAACCAACCAAUAUGUACAAGCUACAAAAAUUUAAAACAUACCAAAAAAAAAAAUGGAGACACAAUCAUACUGUCAACCAGGCUAACAUAUCAGAUUAUGGCAACCUAUAAAACUGCUAAAAAGCACCACUGACACAAUUAUAAACCAUCCAGUUCUGAGGUGGGGAAUUAACAGCCAAUCCCUCAAAUAUGCUCAGGUGCCUGGCAGUAGAGGAAAGUCUUAACUCCAUGCCAAAACUAUGGUAAAGUUGGGGUCAGGCAGGCCUUGCCUGAGGGGAGAACUUUGCAGAUUUUAAGGGCUGCAGCUCAGUGGUAGACUUGCCACUUUGCAUGCAGGAAGUUCUCAUAUGUUGCAUCACACCACCCUCUUUUCUUGCACAGCAACCAGAGUCGUGGCACUCCCCCCUCUGUCACUGGUGUGGGCUACAGGAGUUUCCUCUUCAUUGCUCCAGACCACAGCCGUACCCCUCUGUCCUCACUGCCCCUACCAUUUGGCAGCUCCUGAAGUGUGCUCUGUGGGAAGGCACUUUCCAAGAGUGUGUGGUGGUGACCAGUGCUACAUUCCUAGAAGAAGAGGUGCCAGAACUCACCAUGAACACCUCCCUUGUUCUCUUAUAAUGGCAAGGUGCCCACCUGAGACAUGCCAGAACUGAGUUUUGGUGAGUUCUGGCUAGGGGGAAAAGCCCUGGUGGUGAUCCUAAGAGAGAGAAAGAGAGUGAGGUGGAUCUGGCACUAAACACUGCUGAUAUAUAGCCCCCAAAGCAUCCCACUGGGGAAUAGGGCCCUCAUUGGGGGAAAAGUUCCACACACUGGUAAUGAAGAAGGAAAAAAAUUACAUUCCUUCAACAAAUCUGUCAAUAGAAUCUGUGUUGCCAAAUUGAUUUUCUACACUUGGAGGUUUCUUGGCUAUGAAGAUAAUAAAGUCUCAUAUUUAAUGAAACUACCUUGGAAAGAAGGCAUUCUAAUAUGCCCCAAAUUCUCUGCAAUAAUCAUCCUAUUGGCUAAGAGUAUAUAGAAUGCUAAGUUUUUAUUUGUGUUAACAUGGGAAGCAGAAAUUGUGAUGGGACCAUAAUAGGGUUGGAUUAGUUGAAUUUUGAUGAGACUAUAAAAGGGUUCAAUUUGAACAUUAGGCUUACUGACGUUUGAUUUGAGUUUAGGAGUAUGCUUGGGAGCAGAGGGCAGCAAAAGCUGCUGUUAAGUCAUUUCUGUCUACAGCAUGCCCUGGUAAAAUGGGAACUUGCUGAUACAGCAGGCAUCUGUGUCUUGUUUUUGGUGUUCUCCCACAUUGAACUGUAGCAGAGUGGAGAAUCAGGCUUGAUGGGCUCCAUAUUUUACAACGCGCAACGCAACCCAACAUCUGGGAAGCACUUAAUGGAGAAUUAAUCUUGUUUUUAAUGUGUGGGGAGCAGGGAUAGCCCUAGGCAUUUUGUUCUUGAUUAUUUGUGGUUAGUUUUAUUUUUCCAUCCUGUUGUCAUGGUUUGCUGCCAAAAAAAAAGGCAAGAAGGAAAGCUUGGCAAGCUGUUGGGAAAUAGACUAACCUGUAAGGUGUAAUGGUGUGCUUGUAAUAUGGAGAUUAUUUGGUCUGCCAUCCUAAGUUUUCUUCUUGAUGAACUCAGUGGAAAUUACCUCCUGGCAAACAAAUAAACCUAGGAUUAGGUUGUUUCUGUCCAGCUGGGAUACUGAGUACACUGGAGGUUAUCAUUAUUAUUAUUAUUAUUAUCAUCAUUAUUAUUACAAUUUAUUACCCACUGUUCAGCCCAAGUUCCUUGGAGGGUUAUAGCAAAUGAAACACACUAUUAGAGGGUACCUUCUCCAGAAAUCUAUCCCCAGUUUCUGGGAAUAGGAACACAAUAGGCUAUUCACUAAUUAACUAAGGUCUGCUUUACACAUGCCUGCUCAUAACUUGCUAUCUCAUCAUUUGAUGGGCUCACAGAUGAAGCAAACCACUUUCGCUGAACAGUAUUGGAUGCAAUCCAGCACGAGUUUGUUGCAAUUUAAGGUCCAUGGAAAUCUUUGGAAUUUAAUCACCCAUUUCUGUAGGCAGAUGAAGCCCUACAUGUGUGUCCUAUCGCAGGACUAAUAACAUGAUUUUUUUUUAAAAAAACCUUUCCCUCAGAAAAUGGGCAGAGGAUCCAAUGCAUGAGAUUUUUAGUACAGCUUUUUUUCUUUUUAAGGCAGUAACAUGGCUCAAUCCUAAGUCAAGAGAAUAUGAACGGGAAGCAUUGCAAAGAGCUUUGCUCUAAGCUAUUUGGUUAUAAAAAGCAUUUCACAUUGCAAGUACAACAUUAGGAAAAGAAACCAGGCACUUCUGAUGAAGUACCACCCUUUACUCGUGAUACAAAAUGAAAGUUUCCUUUAUUUGUGGCUAAGGGAAAACUUAAGCGCAAGGAGAACUUAUCUUCUGUCUUGCCUUGCCUGGCGUCUUGUUUUAGGCGCCCGCUUUGUUUCUAGUGCAGGGAAAGAAGGAUGUGUCUUUAAUAAACAAGCCUGGGAACUAAUACAAAUCCAUGUUGACAAAUGCUUGUCAGGAAGAAAACCAAAGACGCAAAAUCAAUACACAGCCUUGCAUUAAAUCUCAAUGCUUAGAGAUAGAUAUCUUUGCUGUUCCUUUCUCUCUCUCCCCUCCUUUUUUGUUUACUAAAUAGCUGUCCCUGAUUAAUUUAGGAUAAACAAAAAUGUGUAGACUACAAAAGUACCCCCCCACCCACGCAGAUGAUAAUAAUAAAAAGUUUACAGUGAACCUUUUUCAAACAGUCUUGUAUUUUAUUUUAAGGGGGAACAGGAAAAAAAGGAUACAGCCCACCCCUCCCAGCCUUCUUUCUUCUGACACCAUUUUACUUUAGAAAAUCUCAAAGUACAAGUGAAUACAUGACACUCGUGAUGUCUCCAGUGUACACAUUUUACGUUUGAUUUAUGACAUUACUAUAUAGGUGCACUUGACAGCUUUCAGAUUGAAGCAGAGACAAGAGAGCUUUAAAGUGAGAUGGGUUAUCUGGGUAAAUCUAUCAAGGGUUUCAUCCUGGGAGAACAAGGAGAGAGGCUUUGUAGAGCCCUGCUGUGUAGCAAGCCUCAUGCUGAGCACAUCCCAAGCUCCCUGACAGUUGCGCACAGCCUUCACUGUAAUAACGAAUAAAAGGGAGCUCCCUGUAGAUUACAGAUCUUCCGUGUUUUGACAUUGACCUUAAUACAUAAUUUAACCACAAAGCCUGAGAAGUGUGGAACAAGAUAAGAAAAGACCACAGAACUGGCAAAUAAAGUGAUGUUCAAUCAGAAAUCAUAUUUGUUCCUGAUAGUGGAGAUGUGGGCAUUAAAAAGGGAGACAGAGAAAGAUUGAGGGGAAAGAAGGAGAGAGAGAGGGAGAGAUUGAGGAAAAAUGAUCUGGGUUAUUUGAAGAGUUAUGGAUCUGUUUUAAAGGACAUAUGGCUGUCAAGUACAAAUUUGCCUGGGAAAACAUGGUAAAACACACACAAAGGAGUCAAUAGUUAUUACAUUUUUCAAAAUUGGAGGUUAUUUCUUUUCUUGAGCAGUCUAAGCAUGCCUUUAAGACUGGUCACUGUGUUCACACACAAACCUUGAACUUGGGGGUUGCAACAGGAAUGAUACAAUGCCAUGCAUGGAUGACGCUUGGUUUGGGAACUCGAGGAUACUUAUGCCUUAAGAAGAAGAGGUGGUUUUCCUCACCCAUUUUAUGGACAGAAACUACCUUUCGUGCAAUAGAGAAACAGGGUGGUGGCAUGGUAAUAGUAUAUUUAACAUAUAGAAACAAACAAAUGCAAUCCCAUACAGUAUAUGUCUACUCAGAAGUCAAUCUUAGGGUUACUCAGUAUAUAGGACUGCACUGUUAGAUGUUCAUAAUUAAAGCCCAGUGCAAAUGUUUCUUAUAUUAUUCCUCAUUACAAGAAUUUUGAGCAAAUUUUAACCAAAUUUACACAUGUUUAAGCACAGUGAUUUUCAGCGGGAGCAGUUAAUGUGCUUAAAUCUCACUCAGUCAUUUCAAUCUCUGCCACUGAAAUGGUAAAAGAGAAUUUCCGUAUGCAACAUUAGUGGUUUAUUAAAAGGCUGCCAGAAUAACAAAUUAUUAGCUAGUGUGUGCCUGGGCACAGAAAGCAGAGUCCAGAAACAACCAGCAUUCGUAUGAACAUAGUUUGGCACAGAAAAGUCAAGAUGGUUUUGUAAAGGGAGACCAUGCACAGGAUUUUGAAAGUUAAAUGUCCCCAGGUAUGAUAUCCUGAUUUAUUAUCUUAGCAUUAGCCUGGAAUCAGAUUUUUCAAGAAGGUUCAGAGUAGGUAACAAUACAUUUCAUUUAUGCAAAAAUCCUCCAGGAUAUUAUCCAGCACAAGAUCCACAGAGAUUAAUGAGAGCUCCAUUCAUGUGCAUGGGAACUACCUUCUAAACCAUACAAGCAAGGGCCAUCCCAAGUUCACCUACGGCUCUUCCUUCCUCUGACUGCUUUAUCAAGUUCAGUCUAUUACAUUUCAAACAAUGUCUAUAGCUCAUGGUACAUUGAAAAGCUCUUGCACAAUGAAAAAAUAAAACCUAAACAUUCUAAUAAUUGUUAGCAUUUAAAAACCAAACCCUGUGAUUUGUGGUAAGAUCUGUUUUUUUUUAUACAUUCAUCAAUAAUAAAGUAUUUGUGCUUGCAACAGCUAUGGUUGGUAUGCUAUAUGCUAGGUUCUUUAUCAAGAGAUUCCUCAAUAAGGAGAUUAGUGGUUUUAUUUAUUUAUUGCAUUUAUAACAUGCCUUUCCUACAAGGAGGGCAUGGCUGUGCACAUGCUACCUUAUUUAUCUACACAACAACCUUGUGAGGUACGCUAUGUAAGAGAUGCCCACGGUCAUAGCUGAGUGAGGAUCUAAAUUAGGGUCCCCCUAGCCCUAGUCCAACACUCUAAGCACGACAGCCUACUAUCUCUGUCAGACAAUCUUCCCUAAACUAUGCCAGACAAUGAAUAUAUAUAUAUAUAUAUAUAUAUAUAUAUAUAUAUAUAUAUAUAACUUAAAGCAUCCAUAGGGGAUUGGCAUGGUUUUCUAAACUCUUUCUGCCAUACUGCUUCCCUGACCUAAAUAUCCCAGUCCUGAAUCUAUUAGCUCCAACAAAGCAGGUGGUGGAGGAGGAAAUAAAUGCAUGUCUAUUUCUGCUGAAAGCGCUAACAACGGGUCAGGGAUGGGGUGCAAUGGAGUGGGUUAGAUCAGGAGAACAGUGUCAAGGAAAGGAUUAAAACCCUGCUCCCCAGUGCCACUUCUCUGGUUAGAUUUGGACCCCUGCUACAGCUGUCUUGAAGUAAAAAUAAAAAUAUGAUCAUGGAUCACCCAUAACAUAUGUAGCGUGAGCCCGAGAGACAAUUUGUUCACCAGCAUCAAACUUCCUUGCAGCUUGAGCAUGGGUGUACUCAAAGGAACAUUUUGUUCCCGGACACUGAGGUCCAGUGCUGAGGGCCUUCUGCUGGUUCCCUCACUGCGAGAAGCGAAGUUACAGGAACCAGGCAAAGGGCGUUCUCGGUAGUGGCACCCGCCCUGUGGAACACCCUUCCACCAGAUGUCAAAGGAAAAAACAAUUACCAGACUUUUAGAAGACAUCUGAAGGCAGCCCUGUUUAGGGAAACUUUUAAUAUCUGAAGGACUAUUGUUUUUUAAUAUUUUGUUGGAAGCCACCCAGAGUGGCUGGGGAAACCCAGCCGGAUGGGGGGGGGUUAUAAAUAAAUUAUUAUUAUUAUUAUUAUUAUUAUUAUUAUUAUUAUUAUUCCAGUGGAAUAAUAGGAAGGUCCAACAGACCAGGCCGGUAUGUAAUGGAAGCUGAGUGUACCCCAAUCUUUUGCAGUGGUUCCUUGACAGAUAUGUGGGGCUUCUAUGACUGGCAAUCGGGGGGAAAGUUCCACUCCGAUAGAUUUGGAAACCACUGUUAGAACACGGAAAGAUCUGGAGCACAAACCUAUGUCAUCACCAGAGCUACAAUUAUUCCCACCCCACCCCGUCAAAAGAAAACAACAAGAUUUCACAAGUCAUUCAGAUAGAAGGGUGGGAGAUCUGCUAAAUUUCUGUGCAUUAUAUAUGUGGCCAAUAUAACAACCGUAAUGGUAGAGAACAUGUACGUGCAGAACAAUAAAAAGAUGCUAAGCAGGCCUUUCCAUGUGGCGGGUACACAGUUCUUGAUUUUCUCUUUGGUUGUAACUUCAAAGCUGAAACCAGCCAUAAAUCAUUGGCAGGGUGGGAAAUGCAAUAAAAGACUUGGAAAGACACCAUCAGGGGUACAUCAAAUGUGGACUUUUAAAAAGCACAAAAAGAUGCCAUGGCUCUGAACUUCGAGCCAGCACAUCACCUAGUGAUGAUGUCAAAUGCAGGGCCAAAAGGAAUACGCUCAGUCUUAGAAUGCACACACAAUCUGAUGAUUUGAGGAUGUGAAUAUCAUCAAACACUGAUAUGUCACCAAGAAGCACAGAAUCAAUCAGAAGGCAUCAAAGAGCUAUGCUAACACGGCAUGCAGGGAGAAAUUCUGCAAACUGCCAAAGAGCAAGUCAACAAUCGUUAUCUGCACAUUUCUAAAAGACUUCAUAUUUGUAGGAGUAGCUGCAUAUUGUAUAUAAUGUGAAGUAUAAUGCUGUUGAGAAUAGUGGUGGAGUGGUACAUUUUGAAGUGCAAGAGCUCCUCAUGAAGUCUCCAUAGUCACACUGUCAAGAUUUAAUAGACAUGCUUCCAAUAAAAAUCCAAAAAAAUGCAGGCAGUUGUGUUAAUCCAUUAUUAAACACACACACACACACACACACACACCCCAGCAGUAUAUAGCAUAAUAACCAAUAUAUCAGGAUUAACGUGACUGCAAAGUUAUGAACAACUUUCUGGGAAUAAGCUGAAUUGAACUCUGUGGUGCUCAGUUCUGACUGCAUAGCUUCAAGUUGUAAAACACAGUGGAUGUUAGCAAAAGAUAAAUGCAACCUUUAUCUUGUAGAUGGCUAACACUUUGCUUAGGGGUUCAAUUUGCCCCCCUCCAAUUUUUGAUGGCCCUUCAAUAUUCAAUUGAUUGUGGUGAUGGCAGCAAAAUGUUGUGCUACGUUAAAUACAGAGGUUUAAACCUCUCUGCUCAGCCUGGGAAUGCAUCAGAAUGCAACAAGUCCCUCCUCAACUGAUCCACAUGCCACAGCAAAAGGUGGGCCUGUGUGCAAGAGAGUGGUCUGUCUACACCCAUUGCUGGCAUGUGGUCCCCUAGAAAUUUUUGCUAUGGCUUUUAAAGGGAAAUCCAUACAAUCCUGCAAAAAAGCAUUAUUUAAAAUAAACUGCUGGUGUGAAGGAGAAACCUCAUAAAAUAAAAGAAUGUAUCCAGCCUCUGUAUGAUUGUUUCCCUAAUUUUCUUGUUUCCUUUUGUGCUAAAUUGUUACAAGCAAACUUGAAAGGCUCAUGUCAUCUCACCCAUUCACCAGAGCAAGGGCAGUCUUUUCAAUUACCCUGGUGCUCUGACAGAUGAUGUCGUAACUUCUGCUAUGAAAAACAUAAAUAAAAUAAAGUCCUGGAGCUGAGAUUCCCUGGAUUGCUCCUCCACAUUAUCACUGGCUGAGAAGAAAAAUGUCAGGAGCUGUAUUUUGUCACGUGUUAAAGUCUCCAAGCCAAGCACAAUCUGGCCACUGGCAUUGAGGAAAUAUUGGGCACAGGAGAAACUCUUCCGAAGUAGAUAUAUAUGGAAAGAAAUGAAACAGAAGCCAUAAUAUUGGAAUUAGCUCAGGAAGGGAGAAAAGUGGAUGAUUGAGGUAGCAGUGAACCCAUGCCCUGGUUCAGGCCUGCCAAGCCAUUUUAAGCUGCUCAUCAGCUGCCAUACUGUGAUGGGUAGGAAAAUAUCUGUAUCGGCUCUGCUGAAGAACAGAGAUAAAGAUUGUCCUCCCCAUCAAGGUACUGGGAGAAUAGGUUUAAAUCUCUCUGCCCAGCCUAGCAUGAUGAUGGGACAACUUGAAUGUCCAUUACAGUGCUGCACUGGGUGGAGAGGAAGCUGUGAUGGAACAGAAUGUGGUGUGUGCAUGAAUGCAUGCAUGUGUGUCAGCACAGAGAGUGUGACUAUUUUGGCCACGACUGCUGGUAUGUGGCCCUGAACGAGUUGGCCAAACCCAACUUCAGCCCUCAGCCCAGCUAUCAUGGAGGGGAGAUAAGGCAGCAGAAGAAGGAGGGUUCACUAUAAGUACAUGCUACUUGUAAUAGUGAAGCUUCCCUUCACAGGAUGGUUGUGCAAAAAGGGGUCUUCCAUCCUCACAUCUAAUUUCGGCCUUUGAGCACCAUCAGUUAGAUCGCCCUCUUUAAAACCUAUGAUCAAUGGAAACCCAUUCAAUACAAUCAGUGCUGACAGUGGUUGGCAAGGCUUUACACACUUUGCAAACUAGACCCCCUCCAUUAACUCAACCUUUGAUGUUUCAUCAGACUCAAAAUACAUGAUCCAGAAGGAAGCUAUGCCGUGUUUCCACGUAAACCGAAUCGUUCUUAAACAGGACUGUUCUUAAACCAAGGAACCACUGAAUUUGUGUCCUCUUCAAGGAACGGAGGAAUCAGAAUCAGAAUCCCCCUUCAUGUAAAGGUGGUCUACACGGGUAUAUCAGCACACACACAGAGUUCCUUCACAAGCCAGUUGAAUGCUUGGGUGGCAAUGUGGCGUAGUGGAUGGGGUGAGUCAACAAGGCCCCACAAUCCCCCUUGUGCAUUUUUUCAACGUAUGUAGGUGGUCAUCCUUUUUGAUUGGCAAGGACUCUCCAGGCGCUUAGUCUUUCCCAUCACCUAUCCAAUCCUUUUAACAGGACAUGCCAGGCACUGAACUCUGAGCCUUCUGCAUGCAAAGCAGUUGAUUCACCAAUGAACUGUGGCACCCCCUCCUCACAUUAUUUUCAUCGACACUUUACUGAGGAGGUGUGUGUUGGCAAUGCCCAUGUGGGACCCUGCCCUUUUCGGGUAUGAACCUUUUUAUUGCAGAUAAAUUGAUUUAGGACAGGAUAGAUAAAGCUACUGCUAUAGCAGUGACAGGUUUUGAAAAGGAGACUAGGCCCUUAACCUAGUAUAAAGCAAUAUCAUACCACCCUACUUGCAUGACACAGGCCAUUUUAUAAGACAUGGGUUAAAUGGGUGUCUAGUGUGUACCUACAAUGCAGCCAUGAGGCACUUCAGAAGUCUUUGCUUCAGUCUGGGGUUUAUUAGACAGAUCCCACCUUGCCUUCAACAAGUCUGGAAUCUUUCCAAACGAUCCCACUUCAGUUCAAGAUUCACUUGAAUCCACUGCAAGGUCCUAAUACUAAUACUAAAAUGUUUUUCUUGGAGUUUUUAUAUCUAUAUAAUAUACUUAGUAUAUGCUGAUAUACUUAGUAUAUAACUAACAAGAGAGUUUGAAAUUAGGCUUGUGACUUCAUUUUUUAAAUAUAAAAAUAUAUAUAAUAUAUAAUAAAUAUAAAAAUAGUGCUUAAACAUAUGGGUGUGAUUCAACUAAGUUACUUAGAAAAGACUCCUUGAAAUAAGCAUGGCUAAGUUAGGUCAAGUAAUGUCAGUGGGUCUACUCUUAGUUGAAAAGUAUCCAGUCCAAUUGAUUUCAUAUUCACAAUGUCUUGACAUUUUUUCCCUCCAUUUCACUAUAUGAAAGUUAUAUGUCCCAACUGUAUCUACUAGGUGCCCACUAUCUGACACUGGGUGUCCAUUUGGCCAUACAACUAUUAGGUUUUGUUUUUUUUAAUGGCCUUGCCUGACUUGCUUCCAGAGUGUACCAUUCUGAGGCUUCAGCCUUCUGGAGGAGAGUAUAUGGUUAAAUAAGACUUAAAGAAGUAAAGCAAGCUGACAGAGCCUUUUGGGAUUCCUCAUGGUCCUGCAAUGAGUAAUAACACCACAUGUUAAUUGAAUUCCCUGCUGUGUGGAUUGAACAAGUCCCUUUCCCCUGCUAUCAGGGACAGCCUGGCUGAUUUAUAUCACGUAUAAGACUAGGCCGAGAAUAAGAACCUGUUAUUCAAAGGGUCAUUUUGCAGUAGUAGUGGAACUAAGUCACCACAAGCAGCCGAUUUUUGGUGUGAUGCUCCUUUUAUUCAUUCGGCAUCAGUGUACAUGACACAAAGAAGAUCCCUGUCCCAAGGAGCUGCCCAAUUUGUCGAUUUCUCUCAUUGCCUCCUAGAAAACUUCAAUAUGUGAGCUGAUCCAGGAGAUGGUGAGCUGCAAUCUUAAAGAGAACUGGAAAUGGAUUGGGACCCUCAGAAGUUGGGUGAUCAUGCCAUAAAAUGCAUCUAGACAGGCAAGGACUGCUGCUGACAUUCAUAACCGCUGUGGAGGUUUGUAAUAAAAAUAAGUGCGUAAGAUUGCACAUUAUCCUGGAAAUUUAAGUCUAUCCACAAUAAACAUUCUGCUUCAUAUGGGCAGAGAUGGAAAUGUAUGAAUUAUUCAUAUUAGUUAUGAAUGCAUGUAACACCCUAGCCAUCAGUAUGAAUUAUGUUGCAUGAUAAUUCAGCCAUUUUGGGGUGUGGGUGUGCAGUUACACACAAGCUUGCAAAGGCCCCAGGCUAUUUCUAUGGCACUUUUAUUGACACCAGCCACAGUUUGUUGACCACUCAGUUGUGCUUUCAGGAAAAAUAUGGACACAGUCCAACCAUGAUUUUUAAAAAUGAUUUUGUGUAUUUAUAAUAUUAUUAUUUAGAAAUAUUGCUUCUGAACCCAGAAAUGGUAUAGCAAGAUACCAUGGCUGCAAAAAGCCAACUGGUGUCCUACUUUAUGCCCCAGUGGCUAUGGUGCCAGGUGUCAAUCUGAGAGGUGGUUUUAAAACUCUCGUGAAAGUUCUAACCAAAGCAUACUUUAAGAAGAGCGUGGAAUGUAUAAGGGCUUUGGAAUGACGCAGUUAAAAAUACCGUCGCCAUAUUGGGAAGUUCUGUCGGAGGACUUAAGUCUGGGAGGAGAAAUAGAGAAAUAGAGCUGUUUUUAUAUUGUGGGUGAAACUUCUCAGAGGGACUUAAGAAUGACAGUUCUGUGAUUAUGAUGGAAAGAGCAAUGUUAUUUAUGAAUGCAAUGAUAUAUGGAAACCAUCUCGAUUUGAGGAUUGGAUGAAUGGAAAAUUCACACAGGAUUAUUAUUGGUGUUUAUCGGCUUAAGGAGAUUAUCAGAAGAGAUCAUAAAGAAAAAAGAGAAAAUAUAUGAACAAGAUGAGAUGCGGAAACAGCAAGAUAAGACUGGAUAGAAUUAUGAACUUUGUUUGGACUGAUUCGGACAUUAACGCAGUAGCAAGAAGAUGAUCAGAAUCCCCCUUCGGAUCUUGGAAUAUGGGUCCCCUCAACAAAAUUUAAAAUUCGGCUUUGUAAUUCGGAAUUUAUGUGAUGUGAUUUGAUUUGAUUUGAUUGGUCGGUUAAUAAAAAUUAUUUUAAAAAAACACCUCUCGUGAAAGUUCAGUUUUAAGUGAAAAUUUAUCCUUAUAUACACUUUUUUUGGAUGCAAUUUUGCCCAACACAUUUUUGCAAGCAUUUCCCCAAACAGAAUGCAUUUUUGUAUGUUGUUUUCUCUAACAUAUGCAUCUUCAUGCAGACUUUUCCCUAAUAUAUGCAAUUUUGUACACAGUUCUGGGUUGGAGAAGUGCAGAGUACAACAUUUGGAGAAGUGGGAAUUCUGAAGGACAGCUGCAUUUUGGUUUGUGUAUUGUUGUGGGACGUGCAAAUUAGGUAGGUUUUUAUUCAAAUGAAUUUCACCCCAUCUCUACUUAUGCUCAAGCCAAUUUAAAUCUGGCCAGGUGGCAAUUCUAGGUACAUCUGGAUAUCUAUUUUUUUUUUUUAAAAAAAGAAAGGCAGGGUGAGUAGCUUAACAUUGUGUCUUACCUGUAUUUUUUUUAGAAACAAAUUCUCUUCUAUUAAAAAUAGUAGAACUAAUUUAGUAGCAUGUUCAAAUAGGGAUAAUAAAAAAAAAAUUCUGUAAGGAAGAGAAAAUCUUUUGGGGCCCAAUUACUGUUAAUUUGUAAUCCUGGAGGUCAAGUGCCUGAUUAAAUAUUAACAUAGGAGAAAGGUCACUGUCUUUUGCGAUUCUCUCUGCCCUGUUUCAGUAUUCCAUCAGAUACAAAGAGCUCUUUCAGUGAGCGUUUCACGAGAGAAGAAUUGUUUUGCUUGAGCCUAAUCAAGGCCUGCCUUAUGGUUUUCAUCUUCAAAAACGAAAACCAAUCACUUGUGGUGUCAUAUCUAUGGACGUUUUCAUGGACUGGCUGGAUGCAGAGACUGGUGGGACUGGUGGGAGGCACCAACUGGGGAACCCGCAAGGGAAGAAGGCUCAGAGCCAGAGGGUGGGUGGUGGGAUGAUGAUGAGUGGUCAGAGGGAGAAGAGCAAGCAGCCUGGGAGGAGGAGUUGUCAGAAGGUGAAGAGGUAACAGGAUUUAAGGAGCAGGUGGAGUCUGUGGCAGAGAGAAGUCCAGUAGCAGACAUAGAAGCAGAGGCUGGACAGCAGGGAGACCAAGAGGCAGAGAUGAGGCAGGCUGGUGAAGAAGCCAGGGGGUCUCCCCCUCCUGUUGGGACUAGCUCCUCUCCCCCUGGUCUCCCAGAAUCAGAAGAGGUAUGAAGAGGGCAGAGCAAAGACAGACAAAGCGUCGGAGUCUCAUAUUGCUUGGGAAGGACCUGGGGUAGGAGGAGACACAGGGUACUGUGGGAAAGUGGGGACCUUCAGUUCUUGCAAAUACCUCAUUGAGGCUAGACCUACUGGGAAGAGUUGCCACACUCAUUAGGCCUGGCCUCCUGAGCUGUUUUGUUUCUUUGGAUAAAGAUAGGUAACUUCACUGGCACCAUGUGAGUUAUUGCUGACCUGCUCCUGACACCCGCCCUGACAGACGUCAAUGCAUCUAGUGGAUUGCUUCCUUAAAAUGUUUGGAUCAUCAACCAGUAGGUGAUACCCAGAAGCAUCCAACUCCCAGUUCAGUUUCAUAAGCUUCUUUUUGGGAAUCAGAUUCCCAUCAGCUGUCUUUGGCAUUCUUGACAACAGUUGACCAACGCUGGCUGUAGGAUAGCUACAUCUGACUGCAAGCUCAGAUUUUGGGCGACAGGCCAUAGCUCAGCUGCAAAGCACGUCUCAGGUUCAAGCUAAAAGAAAAGGGGCAGCCUCCUUCUACCACCACCACCACUCAUUAUUGAUGGUGUUAUUAGUCUAGGGAAGGAAGAAGACAUUUCCAGUCCUGAGGCAGCUUGGGAAGUGAUUUUUUUUUAUCAGAACCAUGACAGGGGAAAGAGAAUUAAAUCCUGCUCCCUGUGUCCCAGAGCCCCAAUCUCUCUCUCUUGCCCUGCCCCAACAGCUGUUGCUUAAAGAACAAAAAUCAGGCUUGUUCAAUGUUGACAUGUGUUUAGCAUCACAUCUAGUUCGGCCUUAAUUUAUUUAAACGAGCUGCAUAAAUCCCAACAUGUUUCAGGCAAAUAGCUCUCGAUUAGCAAAUAGAAGAGCAGAUAGAGGCUACCUUUGGAAGAAGAAGAAGAAGAAGAAGAAGAAGAAGAAGAAGAAGAAGAAGAAGAAGAAGGUCUUAACAAUUAAGCAUUUCCCCCCUUGAAAUAAACGCACACAAUGAACACUGAGCAACACUUCAAUGGCACAUGAAUAGGAAUGCAUUACCGUGGUAUGAAGUGAAUGAUACUUACACCUGAGCAAGGGUGCGUAAAUAUAGGCUUGCAGCCCAAAACAUGCAAAUGAACAUACCAGUAAUUCUGCAGAGAAAACAAAAUUUAAAAAUAUGUACAGGGAUCAGAAUAUAUUUCCUCAAAACAUAAGGAAAAACAGAAAACAAAUCUCCUAUGGUACAAAAUGUAACUUAGGAACUUAGACAACAAACAUAUACAGAAUCAAACCACGAAGGCUCUGUGAACAACAACAAAACAUUUAACCCUCAAAUAAGCAAGGACUGGAACAGCUUUCCAAACUCCUCACCGAUCAAUAAAAAGAAUAGGAUUCCUGGCAUAGCUUCAUAUCAAAAGGCUGGUCUAACUGGGAAUGCUUGUCUAACGUGGGCCUCAAAUCUCUGAAAGACUGCCUCCUUCCCAACAGACCCUGUCAGGUUUUAAGAUCAGCAGGGCAGACCCUCUUGGUAGCUCCACUGCCCUCAGAAGCUAGGAAUGUUGGGGGGUCCGGGAGAGGGAAAUCUCUGUGGCAGCCCCCAAGUUGUGGAAUCCCCUCUCCGCAGAGGUGUGUUUGGCACCUUCAUAAUACAGCUCUUGAAAUCUGUUGGAGAUGCACUUCAUUGCUUUAGCUUGGAUGCCUGAGAUGUGCUUUUGGGACCGACCUGAUUUGAUUAUUUUUCAUGUUGAACUUAAUAUUGUUGCAACCCUCCCUGUUACCUCCUGGCAAAGGGUGGAUAAUAAAUUUAAAAACAGCAACAACAAAGAGCAUACUCAUAGUUAUAUCCUCCAUGUGAAGAGGUGGCAGGGCUACAUGCUAAGUGCCUUAUGGGCUGAGAAAGUUCCAAAGUACGUAGGAAACUGUACACAAGCUUCUUGGCAGAGAGCUCUAUUAGGUAUUAAAACCUGUAGUCCUCCCAGACCCGAAUCAAGGAGUAGUGUGAGAAAGGCAUGUGCCCAGGGCAGUGGGGUGGGGAUCGAAAUAGCAUAAUGUGUGAGAAAGAGAGCAGAAAACCUUUAUUGCUACAUUUUAUGGCUAUUUUUCCUUCUCAGGUCCAUUGGCUAAUUAAAAGAGGAAUUAAAAAAUCAACUUGUUUUUAAGGUCUGAUCUUAUCAGCAUUUUUUUUUUAAAGUAAACUGCUUAAAAGUUUUGGUGAUUAAGCUGUGUACGAAUUCUGAUAGACAGGUGGAUAGAUAAGCAGAGAAAUUAAGACAUAUAUUACUUAAUAGCCUACUCAUAAAACAAGCCAAAACAAGGCGGAGCAGUGCCCACGUAGGUACAACCGGAAAGGUAUGGUAUAUUUCUAUUUAUUUUCUUUCAUUCAUUUUCUCCCUUUCUUUUGUCAUGGAAUCCAAAGGUAGGCCCCAACUAGGCGCACUGAUCAGACCCAGGCACCUGUUUAGCUUCAGGAAGUCAGGGACAGGCUUUUUACUUAUUUAUUUUAUUAAAUUUAUAUGCUACCAAGAAAUCCCAGGGUGGUUUGGUAAUAUUGCUUUGCUAAUAUGGCGCCCUGAGUGAAGACAAAAGUCACACCCUCCUUCCAGUAUUUCUCAUUUUCACAAUAAUUCAUUUCGAUACAGUUGCUUUUAAAUAUUUUCAGUAGGUACCUGCAUAAAUAUAGGUAUUAUUAUUAUUAUUAUUAUUAUUAUUAUUAUUAUUAUUUUGUGCCCUCUCAGCCUUGCACCCUAUACAGAGAAACCACCUUCACCAGGUUAAAUCCAGCACAGGUAAAAUGGUAGUCUGAUUUGCCUUCAUACUAUACCCUGGAACCCUAUUAGAUAGGGACUGUUGGUUAUGUAUCAAUCAGCUCAUCAUUCAACUAAUGUCUUGCAACAACAUUAGCAUAGCUCAACGGUAGCAUAAAGCCCCCAGUUAAAUCCCUGAUUAUUCCAUUUGUUAAAAAAGUUCAGUUAGAACGCGUAGCGAAAAACCUUUUCUGGAGUGCCACCGGCAGUCAAGUGAGUAGACAACUCUGCCUUUAACUAGAAAUGAGACAAAGCACAAGGACAAUACAGAUAUGUUGGGUGCAAAUGCUAAUCGCACAUGUAAACAAGCUCCAUGGGGCACCUAUAGUAAGAUUGACUCUCUGGUCAGGAAGUCCUCGUCCUUUAACUGCCUCCUCAUCCACUUUACCACCAGGUGGCAGUGUAGUAAUUACAAUCUGCUCUCUGGAUUUGUAUUCUUGCAUCACCAUAAAAAAGAGCUCUUUCCCAGACAUACCGGGUAGGGCUUAUAUUCCUGCAGUCCUCUAGGAGGCUGUCCACCAGUGAUUCAUCCGAACUGAAUUCUGCUAAAUCUGGUCUGUGCAUAAAUGUUUUGCUUUCUCAUUUUUAAAAUGAACUGUGAAUACAUAUUUAACAUUUAAUGAUAGGGCUUACCCGAGAAAUGCCAGAGAGGCAAAAUAGCCUGCAUUUUGUGGGAAACGUAUUAAGAAUCUGAGGUAUCUAGAAACAGCUUUUGGGAAAGUAGUCCGGUGUUCAGAGUCCAGGCAGAGGGGCCUAAACAGCCUGACACAUAUUGGGCCCCCAUUAGUUUUAUAUGCAUAGAUGCUGAAGAAAAGAAACUACGGAAGAAUUUGUGUCAACUCAUGCUUUCCAAAGCCUUAGCAGGAUGGUGUUUUGAUUUAUUGUAUGUAAUAGAUUUCAUUAAUUUUUUAUUAUAUUAAACAAAAUAUUAUACGCUGCAUUUCAAGACAAAAUUUUCUCGAGAUGGCUUACAUCAAACCACAAUAUCCAUGAAACCACAAUGUAAAGGAACCACUGCAAUAUUAAAACAGCUGCAGUUAAAACAAUCUAGGGCACCACAUAUCAUUUAGUUUCAAAUUUUUGUAAUGGUGUAAGUUCCUUUAUUAUUAAGUCUCACACAAGAACCCUAUUCAUUUCCUCCCUAUAGAUACUAAUUCAUUGGAGAAUGUGAGAAUUCAGUGAGUAUAUGCACAGACACCAGUAGUUCUGCACAUUCACACAGGCAAGGAGAAUAUGCAGAACAGGAAACCACGAAUAAGGCAGUUUGAACAUUGGAUAGUCAGCACAUAUAGUCUCCAAGGGAUUCUGGAAAAUGUGCACUAUGGAAAAAUCGCUGUCAGGCAAUAUAGACAUUGUCUGUUUGUCAGUGUCCUGAUUCUCAGCCUACUUACCGUUUUGCUCAUGAAAAGCCCUGCCACAACGGAAAUAAAAUUGUGCCUUUGUUGUUACAAUUGCAACAGAUUAACACAGCUUCUCUUCUAUGGAAACUGCAUAUAAUUUAACAAUUUGUGCAUUAGACCGUCAAGGAGGAAACAGUGAUGAAAAUCUCUGAAAUCUCAUCCGAGAUUUGUCUCAUAAAGAAAGAAGAAGCUUGCAUCACUAUGGGUUGAAAGUCAACAUUAGUCCUACUCAGAGUAGACCCAUUAGAAGCAGUGGGCAAGUCCACUGCAUUCAGUGAAUCUACUCUGCAUAUGACUAAUCGGGGAUCUCAGGCAAUGCAUUUACCAUCUUGUUACCCAAACUGCAGGGAAUUGCUGAGCUAUCGCUCUGAAGAGGACACAAAAUGCACUGAUAAGAGUUUAUUCAUCAUUAGGAAAAAUGCAUUGGGCUCAUAAAUACUGAAUACAAAUUGCAAAAGUAAUACAAAUGUUAAAGGACAUGGCCUUUCGUUAGAUCAAAUGUCUGUUCUGCUUGAUUUCUUUGGUUAAGAGACAGAGAACUGGUAGCGAAUCAAUUAAUAACAAGUAAAAUAGAAAUUACAAAUUUUGGGGGAUCUACAAAUGAUUGGCUGGUUGUGGUGUGUGCCUGUGCAUAUGUACAGUUGCACACCACUUUGACAGACUAUAAACUUUCUCACCUAUAUAAAUAAAUGUGUGGGAAAUAACCAAAUCUAAGAAACUUUACAAAUUUGGUUCAAAUUAAGAUGGCAAUACAGUGAUGUUGUUAUAGUGGUCUAAAUGGUUAAUUAAUGGAAGAUUGUUUUGGAGAAGAAGCAAAGUACAAAUAUAGUCCUUCCUCUGAAUUAUAUAACGAUAAGGUAGGACUGAAAUAUUUAAUUUUCUCUCUGUGUACGUAUAGAAAUAUAAGCAAACUAUUAGAAAAGGGAGUUUACAAUAAUUUAACAUAGAUAGACAAUCUGCUGAGGAUCUACACUAUAUCCUCAUUCUGUCAAUCAUUGUUAUAGCUUGUGUUGAUGUAUUUAUAGGCACUUCUGUGUAAUAAGUGGUAAGUAUUGACCAUACAACCUCUGGGUAAUUGCCUCCUACAUAGUUCGAUGUAAUGUAAAAGCUCCCAUGUUUGAGCUUCAUUAUGCUUCCUGUGGAAAGAGCCUGCAGACUGGAUGUGCGAUGAAAUUUCCCCCCAACUGUAUCGCAUCUGGGUGUUAACACAGUGGCAGACCUCUGCGGAAUGACACUAGCCAAAUAAUCCACCGUGCUGGGCUGCAUUAGAUUGUUGUGCAUGUCAACUGUUUGCAUUGUGAUGAGCCAAAACAUUACGAGGAACACUUCUGUUCCGAAAAUGACAUUUUCGAAACCAUUUUUCAUUUUACAACUCCCACAAGCUUAAGUGGUUGCCACCUGCAAACCCAGCUUGGUGACUCAACGCUGCUGCUCUUUUAAGCCAAAGAAUUUGCAGCGAGUUUUAAUGGGGAAAAUUAAUUGCAGAGUAAAGGGCUUAAUGGCUUUAGGAAAUGAGCAACAUAUGUCCACAUCCAAUAAGAGGGAUCCAGACAUGCAAUCGUUUGCUGCUUAGGGUAAGAUUUUGUGCAAGUCCUACAAUGGCAGUUAGGCCAAACCCCCUAAGCCCCACUGAAUACAAUAUACAUGCUUAGAAUCGCGUGCUUUAACCUUCCCACCAGAAGAAAAGCUUCUAUUGGACACUAGGGAGGAAGAAGUAUGAAUUGAAGGGCGAAAGAAGAGAACGAAAAGCACAGACUAUGCACACUUUGAGAGCAAGUCUCACACAGAGUUACUUCUGAGUCAACAUACAAAGGACAAAGGCUGCAGAGAGUUUUCUCUGCUAGAGUUGUGUGGUCUUAUUUUGCUGCUGCUGUUUUUACUUUGCAUUGAUCUUAAUAGCCUCCAGCACCUUUUUUUUUUAGGCUGAUAGGUGAUUACUAGGUUUGUUUGAUAAUCAUGAUUUUACAGAGGUUGGAGUGGGAAUGGCUUGAAUGUAUAGGGGCAAAAGAUUGAGGGGGAAAGGACUGGCAGAUGUGCUUAUCUCCCUCAGGAUAUUCUAAGUCAGGGGUCAACAAACUUACUGCGCCUCAGGUCGGUGUCUCCAGCACCGAUUGUGGGCUGGAGGGUGGGGGAGCGCGUGCCCAUAUGCGUGCGCACGUGCUAUUUCCAGCACACCUCCGGGUCGGAGGAGCACUGGAAACAGCUUGUGCACAUGUGCACGGGACUCCUCUGACCCAGAUGUGCACCGGAAAUAAUGCUUGCGCAUGCGCACAAGCUAUUUCUGGUGCUCCUCCGACCCGGAAGUGGGCAGCCAUGCAGCGCCGGUAAGAGCGGGCAGCAGGGGUUGCUGCGGGCCAGAUAAACAAGUCCCUCGGGACUUAUUCAACCCGCGGGCCUUAGUUUGGAGACCUCUGUUCUGAGUUUUGUCUGUCUCCUCCUUCUUCCUGAGUUCUACAAAGGCGAAAAUUAAACGAAGGAUGAGUUAGCAGUGCCAACACCUGCUAAGGCGUUGUAAGUAAGUAAGUAAGAGGGCAGGCUGAGAGUAGUGGGGCAGUUUUGCACUUGCCUCAUGGGCCAGCUGCCACUGAGUACAAGUCCACUCUGCUCAACUUCCUGUUUUCAAAGAAGGCAACGUACAAUGCCCCCAAAAGGGGAAAAGAAAAGCAUUGCAUACAAUGGGCUGCUUUUGUCUGGAGUAGGCUGGGAUCCAGCAGAGGCUCUUACUGGAGCAUGGGGGCAGGCGAGGGCGACGUGUCCCAUUUUGCCACUUGAGGGGAAACGGGCAGUGCUGCUUUUGCCCUGAAACUGCCACCACUGCCACCACCACCUCCCUGCUCCUGCCGCUGCCAUGCAGGUGAGCUCUUGCCCCAAAUCACGUGACAUCUUGCGCACUCCACAAGCUCUUGCAUGAUUUGAGGUGAAAUGAACACAAUCUUGCCACCAAAUGGUGCUUUUCCAUUGAUGGCAGGGCACCCCUGGGUGAUGCUUAAGCGUCCUGAAGCAGAGGCCUCACUCUGUCUAAUAGCUUGGCAUAAUCUGGAGGCAGGCUGCUGCUGGCCCUUGCACUCUCAAGCUGUUUCAGAGGGUUCACCAGCUCUCUGGAACAGACUUUCCAGGGGCAAAGAGGGGUGGGGAAGGGGGAGGCGAGAUUCACUAGUGUCCUAUAAGCAAAACUCCACUCACAGGAUGCUCCUUCAAGUGAAAACUUAGGACCUAAGCCACAAGAACUAUGUUGUGAUAUCCUUUCAUAAACGCAUCAAACAGUGAGAGGGUUCAGACAUUAUUUAAUGUGCCUGUGCAACCAGGAGAGAGGGAGAAUGGACAGGGUUGCAUUUUCCUUCCUUCCUUUCUGGCACAGAUCCCUGGGAAAGACUGCAGCACAUUGGUAGGGCCACUGCUCUGCAUCCAAAAGGUCCCAGGUUCAAUCCUCAGCAUCGGCAAGUAGUAGUAGGGAAGUCCCCUGCUUAAAAUCCUGGGGAGUGGCUGCCGGUUAGAGAAUAAUUCUGAGCUAGAUGCGGGACUAUAGAGCGCCCCGCUAUCCCAUCUCAGACCAUGCUUUUUAAAGCUCUGUUCAUACAUAGGUAGGUAGUGCAAUAAUUUUAAUAGCUCUCUUUUUUUUUUUUUGCCUCCUCAUUUCAUUUAAGUUCCCAGUGUCACCUUUUCCACUUUGUGAAGUGAUUACAAAACUGAUGUGCCUAACCUGAGAUGCUAAUACUGUGAAAACGCCUGGAGUAAAUAGCUGGUAUGUAAAUCCCCUCGGCAAGUAAGCUCUUUGCAGUUCACUGUAAUGCUAAAAUUUGUAUUUCAGCUACAGGGAAGGCAAUUACAUGCAAAUAGUCCAGAGUGUAAGGGGGGGGGGACCUCUCUUAAGCUACUGAAGUGGAGCUUUACAAGGGGGGGGGGGACUCAUAUGGCACAACUGCAUAAGGUAAAGAUUUGAAACUCCAGUGACGGUUUCUUUCAUUUGGCCCUCGUUCAUUAUGUCAAAACAAAUCAAUUUGCCUUGAAAGAUAUAAUGUCUGCCUGUCUCUGCACAGAUGAAUGCCCUAGUUAUAACAAUGUAUGGAUAUUUAGAUUAUGAACUUCUGUUCACCAGGGUGAUAAUAAACAUACAUUGUGCUUUCCCCGCCUCUAGAGCUGGAGGCAGAUAUUCACCUUGUCCUAGUUAGAACAGUCAUUGAUACAAGGUACCAGCAGUCAUAUUAAUAAAAGUUGCUGCAUAUUUUCCCUUAACCUCCUUUGUAAAAUAUAGCUUAAGCACCAGAAAACAUCCUUCAGCAAUGAAAGAAGGUUCUGAAUGUGCCCCAUCACACAUCAGUCUGCCGCUUCAGAUACCGGAACACCUUAAAAAAUAGGUGAAUUGCUUAAUUCAUUUUUAGCAUGUUGCAGUUAUCACUUUUACUUCUUCUAACAGAGACACUCUGCACACUUCAGUAGCAGACGAGCAGGUAGAAGUUAAACAGGUACUGUUUUCUGCAGCAUAGCAGAACUGCCAUGUUGGAUAAAAGCCUCACCAGUUGCACUUGCCACAGAACUGUUGAAGGUGCAGAGCCUCUGUCAGUGAAAAAGAUGGCGGGCAACCUUUGGGGCAAUCCUAUUUCAUAGAAUCAUAGAGCUGUAGAAUUGGAAGGGACCCCAAGGGUCAUCUAGUCCCUGUAAUUUCUAUCCUGUCCUUCGUCAAGCGAAUCCAAGAGAAUAAAAGCUUUUUAACAUAUCCCAUAACUAGGGAUGGGGGGGGGGCAAUGAAACUGAGUUCACAUCUGAAGACAAAGCUACCUAAUAUACAGUUUACAGAACAAUAUGUGAACUGAAAUGUGGCUGUCCCUCAAAAUUUUCACCAAAUUUUGCAAAGUCCUGUUACUAGGUAAAGUGUGCAUAAAAUGCAUCGAUUAGUAAAAAGAACAUCUAAAAAGACACCAUAUUAGGGAAAACCUGCAUAUAAAAAUAUGUAGAUUAGGAGGAAUCCGCACUGAUGAAUGAGAUUUCUUUCCAACUUCUCCAAAUUCUGCAAUGUACUCCUCCAACCCAAAAAGUGUACAAGGAUAUAUAUGGAAGAGGAAAGUGUGCAAACCGGGGGGGGGGGGUAUUGGGUUGGUUUUGUUUUUAUUAUGUAUUCUGUGUUUUUUAUAUUGUAAUUUUAUGUUGUGAACCGCCCUGAGAUUUACGGGAAUAGGGUAGUGUACAAAUUAUAUAUGUGUGUGUGUGUGUGUGUGUGUGUGUGAAGAAUCAUGCAUUUUAUUAGAGAAUUUGUUUGAAAAAAAUGUACAUAUUAGGCAAAAUUGCAUACAAAAAUGUGUAUAUUUGGAGAAAUGUGCAUUAUAAUGCCAAUAAAUUUUCAUUGUGACUUCAGUAAUAAUAAUAAUAAUAAUCACAAACUAAUAUGGAAAUGUGACAAACUUAAGACUUGAAAAUGAGAAACUGAGAAAAACAGAAAAUGACAGCAUUAUUAACUUCUUGUUAUACAGCUGUUAAAGGCACAGGAAUACAGUCAAGUCUGGAAAUCUAUCAGGUAUGUGCAGGAAGUAUGAAGAUCACUGUCCUAUUGUGGAUUUAAAGACCUUUGUGACUCUUAUCAGACCAUCUACCUGAUCAAUAGUAUUGCAAGCUUUCAAACUGUGCAAGAUUUUUCUUCAGGCUUGGGUGCUCAGAAAUGAAAUAGAAUAAAAUAGAAAGGGAAACUGGCAUGUCCCAGUUUGGCUGUUAAUUGGUUAAGGAACUCUGAGAAGAAAGAGGAGACUGUGAUAAUUCUGUUUCUCCUUGCUUGUACUAAUAUAUGUUGUUUCUGUAUUUUGAGGGCAUACUAGACAUAUUCUUCUAGACAUAUUUAUACUAGACAUAUUCAUCUGAACUGGUAACUUAGUAAAACGCUGACAACUUUGAAAAAUAAAACCCUUUUGCUAGCAAUUGUGGUUUCAUUCAGGCUAGCUUUAAAGUUCAUCUGUUUUUCAAAUCUUCAGCCUAUCAGAACUUCCAAUAAUGUUUCUGUGCCUUUAAAAAUUACAUGCCCUGUCUCAUGAGUUUUUAUCAUACCAUUACUACUUCCUUGUUCCUUGCAACAUUAUUAUUAUUAUUAUUAUUAUUAUUAUUAUUAUUAUUAUUAUACUGCCCUAUACCCAGAGGUCUCAGGGCAGUUCACAGAACAAAAUCAAAAUAUAAAACCACUAAAUAUAUGAUGAAAAUAAAAACAACAACCCAAUAACCACCUUCCCCCAAAACCUCUUAAAAGUACUGGAGCCAUCUUAGAUUCGAGACCUGGCAAAUUUAGUUCUGUAGCAAGCAAAGACCUUCCCAGUAAUCUUGGAGCUGAAUAAAAUGACAGGACUGCUAACCUUUUCAUACCAGUCCCUAUGCCUUUAACAAGCAGCUUGAUCUACAAACAUAAGCAUGGAGGGAUUUUACUUCCCAUGCGGUGAAAAGCUUUACCUGUUUAUUUCUGAAAAUCAAGCUGCUACUAAAGGCAGAGGAGCAAGCUAGCUUGCUUUUGUCAGCUGGCAACCCUAGUGAUGGUUGUGGCUACUCAAUAAUGAGAGACGGGCGUGACAUUUUGGUGCCUGAGGCAAAAAAGAAAAAGCCAAAUAGUGUCCCACACCAAGAUGGUAAAACAAAAACAAAUGACCAUUUGCUGUCCUUUGAUAUAGGCACCUCCCCAAUUUGCAGUGUGAGGGUGGGUGCCCCACCCUGUUGAUGGUGGACCUCCUUUGACAACAGCUCUAAAAAGGUUUGGAGCAUUACAGUAAUUAACUAAAGAAAAGCAAAUAUUAUCAGACAUAGAAACUUUUUUUUUUUAAGAAUAAUUUUUUAUUAACCGACCAAUCACAUCAAAUCAAACCAAAUUACAUAAAUUCCAAAUUACACAGCCGAAUUUUAAAUUUUUGUUGGGGGUACCCAUAUUUCAAGUUCCGAAGGGAUCCAAUCAACUUCUUGCUUCUUACUGCUGUUUUAAUGUCCACAAAUCUAACCUUAUGAUGUUCACAGUACUAUCCAGUCCUUUCUUAUUAUUUUUCCACAUCUCUUGUUGUUAUUUUCAUAUAUUUUUCCUUUCUCUUUGUGACCUCUGAUAGUCUCCGUAAGCUGGUUAGAACAGUUUGUAAUCCUGCGUGGAUAUUAUUUUUUUAUCCAGUAGCCAUAUCCAGACGUUUUCCAUAUAACAUCACUUCCAUACAUCAAAACAGUCUUAGCGUCAUUAAUCUUCACCAAUCUGCCUCCUUUCUCAAAACCUCUGAGGAGAUUCACUAGGAAUGCAGUCUGAAAACAAAUCCGUUCUUCCUCCCGGCUAUAAAUCCUUUGGCAAGAUGGCGACUCCGAAUUAAUUGCUGCGCCAUUCCCAAAAGCUCUUAUUGCUUCUUGGUCUCCAGAAAGCAUACUUUUGGUUAAGGUUUAUCUCCACACAGACCUUAAUCAUCCUGCUUGGGUCAGUUCAACUGACGGUUCUAAUGAGGAGGGGUUCUUGUAAAUCACAUCAGACAUAGAAACUUUUGGGGAAGGCUUUUGUUCGCAUGGUUGUGAGAUUGCUUCAGAAAUUAUUUUGACUUUCUGACUUAUGAGCUCUAAUGAAAUAGUUCUGACACUUACGUUACUGACUUGACCAGCAUUUAAUGCCUUUGUUGAAUGAAACUAUGAGUAAAUACAUGGACAAAUUAACUAUUUUUGGCACAGAGUUUUUCAUAUCGGCCAACUGACACAGAAAUGAUUCCAGCUAAUUUCCUUUCCCUUCUGGCAAAAGGCUAAUCAAACACUUUAGGGAGAUAUUCAGCGCUAAGCCUCUGAUAUGCAGGCAAGGUUUCAGGACAUUUUUGAAUGCUUGCUUUAAGUGAGGGAUAGAGGCUUGGUUUAUUCGGGCUGCAGAGUGCCACAAUUAACACACAGAAAUAAUCCCACCAAAUUAAAAAGGCACUGAUAUGCCUGUGUGUUCCAUUUCUUUCAGAACUUCUUAUAUUCCUUGCUGUUCCAAGGAGGUGCCAGUCCUCUGGAACAAAGCCAGAUUUCCUUAGGGGAAUUGUGGCUCCUAAAAAUUGGGUUGCCAGCUUUUUAACAUGCUGCCCACAGCUGUCCCUUUAAGAGCAGCACAAGCUGCAGCAAGUUAGCAGGUGAUAAUGUCUGAGGCAAUGCCAGAGUCUUUCAAGGACAUACUUGGGCACAGCAGGGACAGUGAGGUGUGUGACAGAGGGACAUUCAGAGGGCACUUGACCCCUUGACUGAAAUUCCCCACACCUGAAUUAGUGGAAGAGAGAGGAACAGGUUCAUGGAAGUGUAUUACAAUAAGGAGCAAGGCAGGCAAGGGAGCAAGCAAGAGGAGGCCUCCAUCUGCAAACAGUGUUGCCUGGGCAUUUGUACUUGCUACUUUAAAAGCUCUGGACCUGCAGCUGCUGUAUCUAUGGUUCUGCUGAUCCCUUCACAUUUCCAUUAACCUCCCUUGCUUGCCGCUGCUUCAGAGUGUGAUCACAGAACAGAUGCAGUCCUGUAUGGCUCCAGCAGUUGUAGAAGCACUAGGUUUUUGAAGAGGGAUAAAAGAAGAGUAAGAUUUUUCCAGGAACAGGUGCAAAGAAGGCAUCUAAAAAUAAAAAUAAAAAAUGGCCCAGAUACCUGGAUUGCUGAAGAGGGCAGGAAGCUGAGUUUUCUUUCUCUUUCAUACAUUGCUGUGGAACUUGGGGAACACCUCCUUUUUACUUUGUUAGUGCAAUCAUAUGAGUGCUUAUUUAUAAGUAAGUCCCACAGUGUUCAGCUUGGUCCCUAAGUACAACUAGCAGCCACUCGCUGAAGGAAAGCCUUCGAUUUCUAGGUUGAGCCCUGGAACCACGGCAUUAAAAGCUGCCUGGAAGAAAGCUUGUUGUUGCAACUGUACACUGUGCACUAUCCAGCCAAGAGAAAUCUGUACACCUGAGCUGCCUGGGGCUUUCACAUCUGAAUGUCCUAUAAGGAAGAUCAAAGGGACUCUGACCACGGUGUGGAAACACACAUGGCUAUGGUGGGGCAUUCACAAAAAAGCUUAUGCAGGGGGUUUGAGUAAAUGUCCUUUGGGAUACCUUGCAACUCUACAAUUCUGUGAUGCAGAUACUUCCACUCUUUGUCCAUGAGGCUGCACUGUGUGCAGAAUGCCAUGUGUGACUCACCUUAUACUAAUUAGAGACAUGAGUUUGCAUGAGGCCAAUUGCUGACAAUGUCCUGUACAUGAGGCAGGAAGGACAUCCAGGAGCUUGAAAAUUAGUCAUGGUCUCCAUCCCUUAUAGCCUGUCUGUUAGUCUUGUUUGUUACACGGAUAAAUAGGGUGUGGUGUUAGGGUGGCUACUAGGGUGGUAUAUUGCUGAAGAAAAUAUAUGCUAAUGAAUCAACAGAAAACAGUGAGAUUUGGAACCCCAGAUUCUUCAUUGGGGCUGGAUGAGUAUUCAGAGCACUGAAGAGUAGAGCAAGCGCUCUCUUAUAUGUCGAUUUCAAUUGUGGACUGCUUGCUUUUGCAGAUAAAAAGAAAGCUUUACUGUUAUUUAGAUUUCCCCUUUGCUGGAGAUGGUUGGUUCUUGCUGAUUUUCAGGUUGCAGAAUUUCUAGGGAUCUCCAGGUCGAACAACAGAAUAUGCAUUGAUCUUCUUUUAAAAACUUAUCUAGUCCUAUGGGGUGAUGCCCAACCACGCAAAAAGAAGUGGGCAAGUAAUGUCAAAACUGUAUUUUGACUUAGAGAUGUUUUGUCACAAAGCACACUAGGCAAUUAAUGCAGUCAUAUUACCUGGAGGUGGAGAAUCACAGUGGUUUGAAUACUGAGAUGAAGGUCCCAUCACUCAUGGCUCCCUUGAUUUCAGCACAGGGUACUUUUGCACAACUGCUCCCUGAUAGAAAACUGUCAUGCUGGCGGUUGAAUGUCUUCUGCAACACAAUAUUGUCAUGUGUUGGCCUUUGGUGAAACAAUGAAAUCAGUAAUAUAUUUAUUUGAUGGGACCAAUCAGUAUGCUGAACAUGAAGGAAGCAGACAAGUUACAUAUUCACAAAACCACAGAACGUGUUUGACCAUCCACGCAAGAUAUAUCUCUUAACAAUGAUUUCUAGUAUAAGUCAAGUGAAUAAAAAUUGCAUAGUCUGCAGGGGCACCAUUUUGGAUUUCAUUAGGUAGAGGGGAGAUAGAGGCUUUUGACUGACAUCUGAAUAUAAACCCGAAGUGUUUGAGCUGUUGAAAUCAGGUGUCAAAAGCCAAUAUAUGCUGAGUCCCCUACAUGUCAUUGGGGUAUGCAUGCCAGUUUGCUACAGACCAGACCCAUCACCAGCUGAUUUUUCUGUGGUCACCAUGCACUGAGCUGUGCUUUAGCCUUAAGUCUUAGUCUGCAAAGUGAAAAGAAUAAUUAUUACCUUCGUCAACCCAAGGUUUUCUUAAUAAGGGCCUUUAAGCAUUUAUAUAGUAAAAGUAUACUGUAAAUAAGAAACAUCUGCCAAGGAAGUAUGUGCAGCUCCUGUGCACUCUGUAAGUUGGCCAUUAUCUCUCUUUCCCUCCCCGACUCCCACGUCCAAUGCAUACACAAUUUGGUUACUGUUUGGUUAUUAUAAUUGCAAGAUGAGCUAACAUUCUGAAGCGUCUUUGGGAUUUGAGGCUUAGUUAAAUAUGCCCCUCCAAAAAAAGUAAAAAAGUAAAAAAAGUUCCCCCUUGCUUUUUUGAUAUAAUACUUUUGUUAUCACUGUAUUAAUAAUUUCCAGGGCACUGUGGAAGACUUUAGUAAGCUGUUGCUGUGUCAAUUUCACAGAGCUAUAUUUUUGUGCUCAUUAUUAUUCUUGGAUGUCUCUAAUUUACAUCUAAAUGUAGUGACUAAUUUUGAUUCAAUCAUGUCAAAAGUGAUAGGUAAUGUGUGGGAGGAGAUGACAGCCCUACCCAUCAGGAAUUGCCAGAAUGUGAAUUCCUUGGGGCAAUGAUUUAAUGCCCAAGUCAGGCACUGCUGUCAGAAUUGGAGGCCAAAUUAUGACACAUUAUGCUGUACUAUGGACUUGCACAUACAAUACGUAUGAAAAAGUGACUGAGAUUGGAGUCAUUAAACUAUGCUUUAACCAUUGCUACAUUUCUCUCCCCAUCUCCCUCUCUCUCUCGCUUGCCACAUUUGUUCGGAAUUCCUAAUCGCAGUACAGAAAAUCUCGUCUGUAACAACCAACAGCCCAAACCAUUUGGGGAACCCCGUGUGAUUAAAGCAGGUAGUAAAAUGGUGGCACUUGAUGUGUGUUUCUGCUUAGCCUUUUCUUUAAAUCACUUACAUUUUUGAAAGCAAGUGACAUGUCAGCUAGAUGUUCACAGAAAGGGCAGGUUUUUCUUUAUUGCAUCGUGCGCCUCCUCUCCACCCGAGAAUUUAGAAAAUCGACAACUGCUGGGCAACAACUCCCCCCACCCUCAUCAUAACUGUUAGGCUUUUUUACAGCAAUGCAAAGGAUGCUUUGCAUAAUGGAUAAUUCAUUCUAAUUAUUACAUUCUCUGUGCAUUUCCUUUCUUUUUUUAGCUUAAGGGGAAUUUAUCUGUCAAAUGUUGGACUUUCAGGUUAGAAAUGAAUAGCAUUGUGCUCACAGAUUUUAAAAUAUCAUUAAGGUAGGGAUGAGCUGUGAAAUUAUUUACUGUAAGUGACUUGUGCAAGGCUCAUUGUAUUUCAUAUGAUUGCUCUAUUAGUAGAGAAAUAACUGCUUGUGAUAGUGGUGGGCAACAUCUUCAACGCUGCAAAGCGCAUUGAAACCUUAGACUGAACAUGCUGAGGACCACAGCAAGUUGCCAUAUAUUUAAACAGAGACAUUUGCUAAAUGUGCAGACAUAUGAUAAAUGUUUUAUAUGAAUAUUGCAUUUCUUUUGGGACACUGAAUGAGCAAAGUUUUUUUUUUUUUGGUGUGUGUGUGUGUGUGCAGAUCCAGCUGACGUGCUAACAACCCAAUCACAUUGAGUAAUGCUUUUGUUUCUUCUGACUGGCUCUACUGAAUAAUCUAAUUUCAAGAAAAAUGAGCCCCUGUGGAAAUGUUAUUAAUUUCUAGUGCUGAAGCUAAAAGGGGAGAGGAGGCCUAAUAUCAUGACGGUAAAGAGUAGUGUGGUUAGAAUCACUCUGGUGUAACAUUUACUCCUGACUUUUUAAAAUGUUAAUUUAGUCUAGUUUUAAUUUGAUCUCCUGGAAGGGAUUUUAUAAAAGUGAAAAAUAAAAAGGAAAAGGUGAUACAUAAUUGCUUCAUCUAUCUAAUGAAUUAGGAUUUCCUUUAUUGUUUGACUUUAUCAGUUCUGAAUUAGUACCUUUUUACUUUGUUUGAUAACACGAGAAGAAUAUUUUCUUCUAUAUUAAAUCUCACACUCAGUGUAGUCCUAUUUUCUCCCUUUAAUAUGUUUGAUCCAUUGUGCCUUUGCCUAAGAUCUAAGUGUCUUCUGUUUUGGUAUAAUGAUUUUUCAUCACAACAGUACAGACAUCAUGCCUUCUUGAUAUUUUUUACUCAACUCUGCCAUUCCCCACAAAAAAUAAUUUGAAUGGGAGCCCAGUGGACUAUAGAUGUGACCGUCAUAAUUUCUGCAGUUGUUUCCUUUCCCAUUUGAGCUGCCACAAUGAGUAACCUGCAAGUGGGGCCUCUAGUUCUCACAAAUAGUGCCUCCACAGUGCUGGGCUCCAAAGUGUAAACCACAUGCUGCCCUCCAGAUGUUGUUGGAUACCAAUUUCCAUCAUCCCCAGGUAGGCUUGGGGAAAGACCCUGGUUCACUCCACAUUUUGAAGGAAACCUUCCCAUUCCCCACCCUGGAAUUGUGCAGAGCAUUGAUCUGUGGAUUGCGCCAUCAAACAAAUGGACUGAACUGCACAUGUAUACCACUUAUGAGGUGAUCUGAGGGCUGCCUCUUUCUUUCUUUUUAAUUUCACAAACAUUUUAAGCUGCUUAGAGCAGCUCUGUAGCGACAUUGUAAACAACAACCCCUUUUAAAAUGUUUGCCGGAAGUGAAUGUAUGUCAAAAUGUGCAGUCCCUUCUUGAGGAAUUGUAUGGGUUGAAAUGUCUUCUGGGUACAGCCAUCAGUAUCUAAUAGCAAGCGUUAAGCUACACAGUACACACACAGUAACAAAGCCACUGUGUUUUGUUUUUUGCUUGCUUGCUUGCUUUAAAUGAAAGCAGGCCCAGGAGGCUGCAGUGGGAGGCAAAGAGGGCGAUCAAUCUUUUUCCCUGUUGGCCAUUUUUCUAUUAAAACUUUCCCCCAAGCUGAUCUUUCCUCACUCCUGUGUGGCUGCAGAUAGGGUAGGAUGAGGAAUGAACAGCUAAGGAAUGAUGUUCUGUGGGAGACUGUCAGUAUGGAAAGGGUUAAGCCCCCACCCCUCUACUCAAAUUCCAAUCCUCAUCUUUUUUCUUUUCUUUUUUGGAAAUAAAGGCCACAUUACAACCGCUUGCAUGUCGUGUGUAGUUUUUAUCUAGGCAAUAAGAAAAUAAUCAUACUCCAUAUACCACAAGGUGCCGUUUGGGAAUUGCCAAGGAUUAUUGUUCUGAAUGACUACAUGAAAUAAAAUCAAGUUGUUGUGCCUCUCGUGGCCUUGUUGGGCUGGUCACCCUUGCUAAUAAUAGGUACACUUUCCCCUUAAAAUCUUAGAUUUAAUUUGCAUCAGGAUGACUAUUAAAUAGCCUAUUGUUCGGAGCAAGGGUAGCUAAACUUUGCUGUUUGACUAAAGGUCCCAUGAUCCCUGACUAACAUCCCUGACACAUCCCUGGGCUCCUUUGUGAGGAAAGGCAAGAUCAGGGUGGACUUUGGUAAUAUGGUGCCCUGAGCAAGGACAAAAUUUGCCUCCUCCAUAUAAAUAUCAAAAUAUUAAACAUGUGUGCAUCUUUUAUGGGGCCACAUAAAUGUGAGUUCUUUCACUAAGUCACAUUAUUAUGCCUUUUUUUUGCUGCUGCUGCUGUAAGUGAUGGCUGAAAACUUAUAGGAGGAUGUUACUUAAAGAAAAGGGGGGUUUUGCUUUUUCUUUAAGAAAAACAGAAGCACCUGCCAUUUCUAAGCUUGGUAAGAUAAUAUCCUAAGCAGGCCCAGCCCAGCCUCCCUGACAGAGGAUACAACUUGGCCUGUGUUUGUAGGCAUGUUGAAUCUACAUUCAGAGUCUAAAGAUAGCCUUGUGGUAGAGGGCUCUUCACUGCUAUUAAACAAAGUGGGUGGAGUCUAAAGAACUGAAAUUCCAGAGCUUCAUUUUCAAAAGCAGACUGCUGUUUUUAAGGGACAAGAAUGGCAGACAAUGGCCAUGAAGCUUAAGGGAUACUCAGUUGUUUACAAAGGUGUGCAUUGCACCCCCUUUUUUUUGAAAAGAAAAUCUUUAUUUUGAAAUUGUGGCCCUGGUAGUCAGGGUGCAUUAUACUGAACCCUUUCUGCUUCUGAUGCUAAAAACUAAAAUGAGCAUUAAUUGCAAAUGCCGUCACAUGAUUCAGCUCUCCUAUAUAGCCUCCAUCCAAAUUAGCUAAAAUACAGAGGGUUUGAUUUAUUUCAUUUGCAACGGUUGCACUAAAGGAAGGUAAUUCCUUCUGAAAAUGCUACAUGCAGGCAGGAACAGGAAACCAAUUAGGAAUUAGUGGAUGAUAAAUGGGCAUUUUUACCAGCAGUUUACUUAAUAUCCCCAUUAAAUAAGCCUCUUUGCAUUCAUCAUUUAAUUUUCCCUCAGUCUAUGAGGUUCUUUAAUUGCUGCCUAAAUGAGGCUUGUGUUGAAGUCCAAAUUUAAUCUUGGAUCGGAAGAGAAUGAUCCUUUCCAUUGCAUGCCUUCCCAGUUGCCAAGAACUGUCAGAAGUGAUCAUGUAAAUUUUCAUAUUUCUUAGAGUCUCAUUGGAGAAAUGGAAGAAUGAGAAGAGUGUGUGCGUAUGAGUGGCGGGGUGAGGAGGGGGGAGAGGGACUUUUUAAAAGAUAUGAACUGUAAUGCAAGCAGCUUUUCCUGAAUUGCAUUUCCUUUUACUUUCUCUGCUUAACCCUGCACCAGAAAAUUUACUGAAGCUGUAAUGUUGCAUGGCACUUUUUCAUUUUGGAAAAGUUACUAUGGGUAGAAAUAGAUGUGUGCCAGGACUAAUGAUGUGCUACAGAGUUUGUGCAGCAAACAAUUACUGGAUAGAGGCGACUGGGAGCAUCAUGUGCAAAACAUGCGAUUUGCAAGGAGAACAUUGCGUUUAGAACUAAGAAGUGAUAGAAAAUUAUAAAAGACCCCAGAGCGGUGGCCUCAACCUGCCCUUUUUAUUUUUCCUGUAAGACGAAAAACUUAAAAGAGUCAGAGAAUUGGUCUCUAGAGACCAAUAAGUGAUUUAAAUCCUUGCGGUGUUUAUUUUAUUUUAUUUUUAUUUCGGAGGUUUCUUUCCCACCAUGGGCCACAAGAGAACUUUCAGAACACCAAUAAAUUUCAAAAGGUGACCAAUCCUAUAGGCUGAAUGCAAAUUUGGUGUGAUAUCAUUUCUUGAUGACAUAAAAUAUGAAAGGAUUGCAUUUUAAGGACAUUGUUACCGCUGUGAUUUUGGAAAUCGGUAUUUGUAAACUACAAAUUAUUCAAUUAACCAAAAUAAAAUGUUGUCAGUUUUGUAACAUGGAACAGUAGCUUCAGUUGCGCGGUUCCUUUAGUCAAUGUCGCUGACGGCCAUCUAGCUGCAAGGCAGUGAUGAAGGUGGAACUAACCCCAAGAUAGGAGAUACCAUGGCAGUAUUUCGUAAAUAACCUGUUGUGGCCCUUAACUGCUGUAAUUUCUCAGCGUGUGGGAGCUUGAGUGAACAUGCUAGACACAAAUCCUAAACACAAAAAGUGUUAAACUGAAAGUGUUUUCUGUUGUUGUUAAUUUGAUUACAUUUUGAGAAGGAUACGCCUGCAACACUUGACCAGGCAAACAUGAAACUGAAAAUGAGAAACUCAGUGGACAAAGACAUGAAGAAAUAACCUCACUAAUAAGAAACCGCACACCAUUUCGAAGAGCAUGGAUUGCCAACUUUUUUUUCCUAGCUGGUCUCCUGUGUCUUCAAUGUACAGUGGUACUUUUGGUUACAGACGCUUCAAGCUACAGAUGCUUCAGGUUACAGACUCUGCUAAGCCAGAAAUAGUACCUCGGGUUAAGAACUUUGCUUCAGGAUGAGAACAGAAAUCAUGCGGCAGCAGCAGAAGGCCCCUUUGGCUAAAGUGGUACCUCAGGUUAAGAACAAUUUCAGGUUAAGAACGGACCUCUGGAACAAAUUAAGUUCUUAACAUGAGGUAUCACUGUAGAUGCCUACUUUUAGUGGCUGUUGCUGCUUUUCUCUUUGUAGCAGACAGUUUGUUGGCAGACAAGGGUUCAUGUUGGUUCCCAUGCUCUACAAUCACCUUGGCUAAAUUCUGCAUGUUGUAUAGUUGUUAAAGGCACAGAAAUAAGGCCAGCUGAGGGUUUUCAGGUCAGUUGACAAGUGUAACCUUUAAAGAAUGCAAUGAGAAAAGAGAAAAUUUAGGAAAUAAAGCUCAGAGUCAUAAAGUUGCCCCCUAAAUCUCCCUCCCUUUUAUUCUUGAACGUUCUAUUGCACCUUCAAAAGCCCAUCAAAAAUCCAGACACUGUGCACCUCAGAUAAAUUAUCUCCUCCAUGCCUCAUCUUUACUUAUCCUCUAUAAUUAUUUCUCUCGAUUUCCAUUCACACCUAUCUGCAAACUCAUUGACCUACCUGAACUGUAAACUCUUCAAGCUGAGCCCUGGUAUGUAAGAAUCUACCCUAGCAACAGCAAACUUUUAUACUUCCAGAGGCUAAGAUUGGCCAUAAAAUAUUGCCUAGCAACAGCAGGAUAAGCCAAGUCCAUUGAGCAACAUGGGUCAGAAAAAAUGCCUUUUUAAUAAAAUAAAAUAAAACCUAACAGUAUGUUACACAUUUCAUGGGUAAAGUCACACACUAGAUGUUCCCCUUGACCCAAAACAACAAGCUGCUUCCCAAAACACACAGUACUAACAAAUAUGUCUUGAAAAUUCAUCCCAUUAAAAUCUAUGGAAGUUUAAAUUCACAAUCCCUGUCAACAUGACUGAGUAUCGUUGAGCAUUUAACUAUACUAGAACAGGGUAUUUCCUAUCCUUUCUAUCCCAAAAUCCAACAUGGACUUCCCUCAAACCUUCUUCUCCUACACUGCUAGUUUUUUAAUCAAUUUGUUGACCAAUUUUCAAACGAUAAACCGUAGAACCUAUUGUACCAGACAUUUCUCAUUAUAAUGGUGGAAUGAGAUUCAACGGAAUCAUCCUUAAUAUUAGGGCCAAAUCUGUGACACUUAUAUAAAUACAUUUAAAAAUAUAGUUUCCUUUCUCUCUCUUUUUACUUUUCCCUCCCAGUCCCUUUCUGUCUAUUCUACAAGCACAUUCUGUCACUUUUGAACCAGCCUGCUCUGCCUGGUUCUCAAUCCAUGCAACAUUCCAUUCCACCCUAUCCACCUUCUUUCAAAACACCUUUAUGCUAUUUGUGUGUGGGGUAACACCCUUACGAUGCCCCAUUGACUAACACUGGUCACAAAAAUGCCAUUUUCAAUAUUUUAAUGUUGUAUUUUUAAAUUUUGUUUUUAAGUUGUAAUCAUUUAAGUUGUUUUUAUUAUUGCUUGUAAGCCGCUCUGAGCCCGGCCUUGGCUGGGGAGGGCGGGGUAUAAACAAAAAUUAUUAUUAUUAUUAUUAUUAUUAUUAUUAUUAUUUUAACAAAAACUAGAAACAUGUUAUGUUACUCAUAGACAUUGCCCUUGAUCUAACAACAACAAAACAUUUCUCAAAAGACACAGAAACUGAGAAACCUUUUAGAAAACCACAAGCAAGCCCAUGGAAGAAAAAUGCACAGCAUCUGUCAAUAUAGCAGAGUCUUUUGUCAAAUAUUUGACUCCUUCACAAUAACCCAUUUCUUAUCCUUUCUAUACCAAAUUUGGCCAUUCUGAAGCACACCUGUCCAACACUGCCAGGUCUCAAAUCAGUCAAUUGAACCAUUUUCUGACUAAAAGCCAUCAAUACUCCCCCCCCCACUUUCUCAUUAUAAUGGCAGAAUGAGAAUCAACUGACUCACUCUUAAUAGAGGACCACGACAGUGGCUUCCCAAUUGGGUAAAUGUGAUGCAGCUCACAAAAUUAUCCCUUGCCAAAAUUAAUGAGUGGAUUUGGGUCUAAAAAUUGGUUGAUGAAUGAGAUGACUAAUGAGGUAUCAUCUGUGGAACAGGAGAAUAUUUCAGAUUAAGACAUUUCACUUGUGUCUUGGCAUAGUCUUGCAAUAAGUAAAUUUCAGGUAGAAAUGUUCAUAGCAGGACAGCGUUGUACACUAUCCUCAUAUUCACCUCUAAUUAUAGAUUCUCAUAUGUAUGUUUUAGCUCAUUUCUUUAUGUUUUCUGGUUUGAGUAAUUUCAAAUUGUUUGUACUGACACUAACCUAUGAGAGAGGAGGCUAAUAGUAAGGUUUCAACAUAUGGGGGCUAUUAGUUUAGGAGAAAAAAUGGUGAAGGGAGGACAUGAUAGAGGUGUAUAAAUAAUUAUGCCUGGUAUGGCAUAAUACAAAAUUUUUGCGCCAUCCAUUGAAGCUAAAAGUUGGAAGAUUCAAGACAAAUGAAAGGACUUCUUCACACAGUGCAUAGCAAAACUAUAGACUUUGCUGCUCUCUCGCGCUCUCUCUCUCUCUCUCAGCAGUGAUGGCCACCAUCUUGGAUGGCUUUAACAGAGGAUUAAACAAAGUCAUGGAGGAGAGAGAGCUAUCAAAUACCAGUUGCUGGAAAUCAGAAGUAGGGAAAGUACUGUUGUGCUCUACUGCUGCUUAUGGGCUUCCAAAGACAUCCUGGAGCAGAUGGACCUGUGGCUUCCCACAGCCUGCAGCUUUAAAACUAUUUUAAAACAACAUUGGCUUCUUUAAGGCAAUCUCAUUUAAUCAAGGAUCAUGUAGUGAAACGGAUGGUUGCACAUUGUCACACUAGGAAUCAGUCUGAAUAUGUGACAAUGUUACGAGGGAAAUCAGAGUAGGAACGGGGCUUUGUAUUUACUCUGAAUAGGCUUCCAAUCUGGAUCCAAUUUGGCAUUUGUGGUGAUGUCAUGAAGCCAAGCCAGAGUAAGAUUGAUGCUUUCUGCCCUCACUCUGAAUGGACAAAUAUUUUCAUAGUAUUUCACAUUCUCCCCUACCAUCUUCAGCAGUGUACAUUUUAUGGCAUAUAAGGUUUUUCACAACCCAGCUGUACAGACAACUAAAGCAUAAUAACUGACAGUUGGAUGUCAUGCUUAGGCAUAUCCUGAGUGUUCAAUGGACACUACUCACAUGUUUCUGAGCCUCUGCAGCUACAAAUCCUUUACGUUUUUUAAAAAAUAUGUAAACCGAGAUUCUUAUUCUGAAUUAGGAGCCAGGCUGCUUUGAAUCUCAUUGAAAUUAAUGUGAUUUUAAGUUUACUGCUUAAUGUUUUCAAUAGGAUUUUUCUCUGGUUUGUUUUAUUUUUAUCAGCCUGGGUGUUAUGCUGAUGUAGAACAGCAAUAUGACAAAACAAAUUUGGAAGGAGAUAAAAUAAAAAUUGCACAUACAUGCUUUCUCAAUAAUACAAGUAAUAUGAUGCUUCGUGUUAGAACAAGAGGUUUUAUGGUGGCCAUUAAAAUAAAUGUAAAGAUAUUUUCCAGUAUAAAAAUCAGGUUAAGAAGGAGAAAAAUCCAAAGAGUAUUUUAUGUCCAAGGUGGUGCAAAAUUAAGGGGAAGUGCCUGCAUGUGUGCUCGUGCCAUUAGGAUUCUCUGUAAGUAGAGUGGGUGUAUUUAUGUAAUAACCCUUGCCAUUGAUUUAUCUUUGAGUGUGUUUCUUCCAGUCCCACCCCCCAUUUUGUCCCAUUUCUAAUGUGCAACAAUAAUUAAUUUGUAUAUUGGCAAUUCCCCCCACUCCGUGUUCCAGGAUAACAGUGUUUGCACAAGACACAUUUAAAACUUCUUGACUGCAGUUUCUUGAAACUGAGUCCUUUAAGCAAGCCAGACCUCAGCAAAUAAUACCUGACUGGGCUUAUAUUGCAUCAAUGUCUGACUUUUAGUAAAACUUAAAUAUAUUUUUCUAAACUGUUCACCCACUCAGCAGGCAUCCAUCACGCUUAACAUUAAACGAUGAUGAUUCAAUAACCGGUUACACACUGCUCUGGUGAGUUCACUCAACCAAUCACAUUGUAUGCUGUUCUGCUAACACCUAUAAGCAUGUUUGCAUCGGGAAUGGAAUUACUAGAGAUUUAGAUGUACAAGGCCUUGUACAUAGUUCAUUCUUCCACAGGAAAGCUUGGCUGGCAGGGUAGAGCCAGUCAUGAAUUAUGACUUUGCUCCCCAGCCAACUGUAAACAGGUUUACCUCCACCACUCUCAAAAAAAGAGCCAGGCCAAAUGUGACAUAGGAGAUCUGUAAUUAGGAUUUUUCCAUGCCCUUUCUCUGAUGUACCAGCCCAAAGCUUCUUUUAGUUCUGUGAGUGGUGGAGAGAGUCAGGUACAGAUCCUUUGAGCCUUUAAUAGCUAUAUGCCUUGCAGAAAUUCAACCGAUGCCAUUUUACCAGCAUGGAGAUGCUGUGAUAAUAAAUGACGGAUGUUUGAAUUUCUGCCUGUCGUGCAACAAUUAAAGGCACACAAUGUCUAUUAGGAAUGCCAGACCUAACUGUAAAGUAUGGCCUGUGUUGCAAAUGAGCUGAUUCUGUCAGCUUGUGAAGGUAAAGGGCAUCCCAAAUAAAUGGCUGGAUCCUACGUACCCAGUGUAAAUUAUGUGACUAGUAAGAUGUCUGGUUGCCUUUGAGUUUCUUAGCCAAAUACCAGGGCUGGAGUCUUUGGGAAUGAGAGUCACUUAGGGCAAAGUGGUUCAGGAGCAGCAAAUAGCAAAGGCAAACUUAGGAGAGCAUGACUGGUGUGGUUGCAUGGGGUGCCACAACUUCUGGGGUGCCACAACUAUGAUAUCCAAUGGAAGGCAAGAUGGGGGGUCUGUAUUUUGGCAUUGCACAAGGCACUGCUGAAAUUUGAGAUGCCAGGGUUCACCACCGGUAGUGGUUGGUGUAAAGAAAAAAAGUGGACAGAGCCAACAAAAAAUUGACCCCUUAUUCUCUCUCAUCAAAGGUUUAUAAAAGGUUACAAAGUAGCUCUCCAUGCCUUGGCAGCUUAGAAGAUUAGCGUGAAAGAAUGAGAUAAAUUAGCAAUUAACUGCAAAGGGGACUCGGAGAUUUGACUUGUAUAGUUUAUAUGAUAAUUACCUCUCAUCCUAUGUAACAAAGAAUUUUUGCAGAUUUUACGGUGGUUUUAUUGUAGUGAUUGUUGAUGGUGCCAUGGCCUUUGGCUAGUGCAAUAAGGUUUAUAAUGCUCUGGUAAGUUUCCAAAACAAUGUAAAAAUAUAAUCAAAACAGCGUGCUCUUACUACUUACUGGCCAAGAGACAGAAACCUGGUACAGUGGUACCUCGGGUUACAUACGCUUCAGGUUACAGACGCUUCAGGUUAAGUACUGUUUCAGGUUAAGAACGGACCUCUGGAACGAAUUAAGUAUGUAACCCAAGGUACCACUGUAUAUGGCUGAACGCCACGGUAUUCAACACGUACUCUGAAAACAGUUGGACAAGAGUGGGGUUUUGUAUUAAACAAAUCUGUUGGUGAGUCCAAAGGCAUUAAAUUAUCUCUGGUAUGUUUGGGAAAGGGUCAGUGUGUAGUGGCAUGGGGCAUACUUUUAAUGCAAAAGGUCCCAGAUUUAAUAUGUGGCAUUUUUGGUUCAAGCAAUUGGGUACCAGGUGAAUAUGAAAACACCCUCUUUCUGCCUGAGAACCUGGAGAGCCUUUAGUCUAGGCAAUACUGUUCUGGAUGGACUAAUAGUUUGACCUGGUAGCUUCCUAUGUUCCAGUGCUUCCCCCACCAGCCUCUACUAAUUGCUUCCCAUCCUUUAACUCUUAUUGUUACUGCACAAUAAGUGGAUAGAAAAGACAGGUGUUUUUGGCUCAUGCAAGUAGGAACUGUGUUGUGAGGGGGAUCUUUUACCAAUAGUUUUAGUCAAAGUAACUCAGUUCACACACAGUUGUUACAUGAGAAGAUAAUUUUAAAAUGGUAAGGGUUUUUUCUGCCCCAAACUGUAUUCUAAGUAGGGAUGGAUGAAUCUGUCAUUUUCAGUUUCUCAUUUUUUUCCCAAUUUUUAAGUUCAGUUAGCUACAUUUCUGCAGCAGUUUGUAUAUUUUUUUUAAGUCCUCAUUAAAAUUCAGGGGCUUUUUAGUAUAAAUUUAUCCCACUAUACACAAUUUUUGUGGAAUUUUGCUUUGUAUAAUGCACCUUUGUGUGUUAUUUUCAUGAAUAUGUGCAUUUUUAUGUACACUUUCCCCCGUAUAUACAUUUGUGGAUUGAAGAACUGCAUUGCAAAAUUGCGAGAAGUAGUGAUUUUGAAGGAACGCUGUGUUUCAGUUCGCUUUGGGAAGUUUGUGAAACAAAACCAAAUUUCUCCCCUAUUUCUAAUUCCAACCAGAUGAUGAGGAUGAAGAUUAUUAUUAUUCUCUCCACUUUUACCUGACUAUUUACACUCUCAAGCAUAGCUGUCUAUUGACAUUUGGAUUUUUUAAAUUUUUUGUCUGUUGCCCUUGACUGAGUUUGUUGAUUGGUGUCCGGCUGUGAUAAGGAAACUGGAGAUAAAAUCAGGAAUUGACACCAUGUUGCCUUGCUCACACUUGAGCAAAAUGGAGUCUAAGCUUUUUAGUCAUCAUAGGGCAUUGCAAAGCUUUCACUGCUCUGAACUACCUCACUUGCUCCAGCCUGAGUACUGAGGCUCUCUCUAUGUGCAAGUUUACAUGAAUAACGGAGGACCAACUGACAGAUGUGCCUAAAUGAAUAACCAAAACUCGAAAGCCGGUCGAUACUCACGUCCCAUAAUUUGAUUCUUUCCUUUCUUCCUUUAUUGGUGAUGUAAAACGAUAAAAUGCUUGAAUGUGCUGAAUUUGAUUUUAAUAAAGUAAGUAAUACAAGUAGUAUUGAUUGGAAAACUAAUGGCUCUCACCCUCUGAGCAUACGUUAAUAUUCAGAAUUGUGUGUGUAUAACUCUACUCAAGAUCCACAUUUCCACUUUAUAUUGAUGAAAGUGAUAUAAUGCAGAACUUACAUAAUAUAUUGAAAGCAAAGUAAAGAUCCAUAAUUCUGGAUAGUAACUGAAACUCCUUUUUUUUCUGCUGGCAAUUAUUUCUCAGCCCACCCCACAGAUAUCUUCAGAAAACGUCUUCAGAAUUUAUUCUUUCUUCAAUUUUUGUGCUUUCACUUAUCACCUAAGGGACUACAGCUGGCUAUAUAUUGGAGACUUUGAAGAAAUGGAGAGUGAGGACUUUGUGGGAACAAGGGAGGGGAAAUGUUUCUGGCUUUCCAGAUGACAGAGCCUCUAGAUCUUCCCUUAAAAACCCCCACAUUAUAGAAAAUCCUGGUACUAAUGAAUUAAUGAAAAUGUCUGUAGCUUCAGAUUAAAGGAUGAACUAAACUGAACCACACUGACUGAGCCACAUAUACCUUCCCUCCUGUAACCUCUUAAAUUAUCACUACAUUACCUGUAUGUUUCUCUCCAAAACUGUUUCUCCCAAGCUGUUUUCUUCUCUAGGAGGGAUUUGCCAUUAGUCUUGGGGUAAUUUUCAGAAUAAAAGCACAGCGCGAGAAGAAUUCAACAGCCCUUUGCCCUAGGAAUGGCAACAAGAGAAUGGGCCUUUUCUGUGGUUUCUCCCCAGUUGUGGACUGCUCUCCCCAGAGGCUCGCCUGGUGCCAUCAUUGCAUGUCUUUAGGUGCCAGGCAAAAACAUUCCUCUUUACUCAGACCUAUGGCUAUCAAAUAAUCUAUGCCCUGUGAAAGUGUGGGGGAGAGGACUGUUAUAAUGAUGACUAUUUUAUUAUUAUGGUCUCUGUCAGUAUUCUUUUCAUUUUGUUUUUAUCAUUGAGGUUCUGUAAUGUGUUUUUAAUGUUGUACAGCUCUGGGAUUUUUUGAUAAAGGGUGGUAUAUAAAUUGAAUUUAUUAUUAUUAUUAUUAUUAUUAUUAUUAUUAUUAUUAUUAUUACUACUACUACUACUUUGUUCUCUCAGUUUCUCAAUCUUCCAGUCUUAAAUUCAGCUCUGCACAUUUUGCAGCAAUUUGUGGGUUUUGUUGUUUUAAAAAAACACCUCAUCAGCAAUUUAGUGAUAAUAAACAUUUUUAAAUGCAAUUUUGACCCACAUACACAUUUUUGAAGCAAAUUUUCUCUACUAUAAUGCAUUUUUGUGUGUUAUUUUCACAAUAUAUUCAUUUUCAUACACACGUUCCCCAUUUCCCCCCUAUACAUUUCCAUCCAUAAUUUUAAAGAAUAACUCUUGUUUCAAGAAAGUGCAAAUUUUAUAGAUACCUGAAACCAAAAUCAAACUUGGGAGAAAUUCAGUUAGGUUGCUCUUCCUGAAACGGUUUGCAAAUCAAAACGCAGCUAACCUUCAAAAUUCACAUUUCCCUGAAUGCACAUCUCUCCAGCCAAAAUAUGUGCACAAAAAUGUGUAUAUUAGAAUCAAGUGCGCAUAAAAUACAUUAUACUGGUGAAAAUAACAUGCAAAAAUGUUUUACAUAUAUUAGACAGGAUUUCACACAGAUAGAUAUAGAUAUAGAUAUAGAUAUAGAUAUAGAUAUAGAUAUAGAUAUAGAUAUAUGAAUGAAACAUUGCAUCAAAGUGCGAGUGCACUUUUGUGAAGGUUAAAAACAAGUAGACCUGAAAAACGAUUCAGAAACAUGACAAACUGAACCAAAGACUGGAGACCUGAGAGACCUGCACUUUAAAAUCUCUGCUUUAUAGGGAUCUGGUGGCAACCCUUUUUGGGCACGUGGGGCCUGCUGUCAUAGGCCCUAAACCCGUCACUUUUUCUAAAGAGGUUCAGGUAAAUUCUCUGAUAAUGAGGCCCUUGCCUAAAAACAAGUGUAGAGAAAUAAUGGUAUUUGAAUCCUGCCCAAAGAUUUUUUUUCUCCAGGUUUCCUGCUCUCGUGCUGUCUCUCACAGUCAGAUCAUCAGCAGUGAGGGAUUAAAGUCUCUCGCUGUAAUGCUCAACCUUCUUGCUGAAUGAAUAACAUGAUUAAGGUAUAUGUGGAAGUGGAGUGACAGUAGCAAGUUCCAUAGGUACAAACCCCCUCAGGGGCUGUGCUGCAAUAUACAAUGAUUUAUUCGGCACCUAUUUGCAUGCAACCAAUGCCUACUAAACCUGCCAAACAUUUCUGUGAGGAAACUCACUAGUUGUCUUGAUGGGUGAGGCAGCAGGAGUCGCUCCUGUGAGCUGAGAGCAGCUGUUUUGCUUAAAGAGCUCCAAACUGGCAGUAGGAGGAGGGAGAGUGGUAGGUUCUGUACAUUAUGUGUAGGAUAAUGGCUCCCAUUUGCAACCACUUUGUUUGUGGGUCUCAGGCGGUUGGACCCUUUCUCCGAGUUUGUAGAAUUCUCUUUUCCAAAUUCUCCUGUACGUGUGUGACAAUUUCCCUCCAGACUUAUAUUAUUACCACAACAUCACACACACACACACACACACACACACACACGUAUGCUUAUAAUCUUUGGCCAGAGCAAGUUCCCUACUCAUGGCAUUUGUGAGAGAAAAGAAGCGCCAUGAUGUGGACAGCCUUCACCCAUAAUUCAUUUCAGAGCCACAAUGUUGGAACAGAAAGGACAGCUUUGUUGAAACUGGCAAAACCAGGCAAUUACUUACUUACUUACUUACUUACUUGCUUGUUGUUUCUAAGAAGGGAAUGCCCUUCUUUAUAAUCCCAUCUUCCCAUCUCCCAUCAAAAUGUUCCUGUGUGAGGGAAUUUUUCUGAGGGGAAACACCUGCCGUCUACAAAGGACUACUCUGAUUCUCAGAUAACUUGAAGUCUAACUUUUCCACAGUUCUCGUGUAAAAAAGAAACACAAAUACUGUAUUUUCCCGUGUAUAAGACAAUGGUUUUUGCUAUUUUUUUAGUAAAAAAUUGUAGGUUGUCUUAUAAUGGGUGGCGAAUGUACAGGGGUUAAAGAAAACACUACUUACCUUUCAGCGACGCUCAUGAAGAAGCUGCUGGAACCGCCAGAGACACUCUCCAUUGAAUAUUUGUUCCGGUGCUUUGAAUAUUUAAUAAAAUAUCAAAGUUCAGUUUGAUCUUUAAAGUAUUGAUUUCUUAAUUUGGGGUUCCAAAAAACAGGGGUUGUCUUAUACAUGGGGGCAUCUUAUACAAGGAAAAAUAUGGUAUGUAAGACAGAAAGAAAAGGGCAAAGCAAAUUUUUCUUUUCAUUUAAGGGGCUGAUUUUCCCCGCCAACUUCAGACAGGAAAAAGGCAUCACUUCACAGGCCUGGACUUUGCUUUUUCCUGAGCAUGCUCUGGCAGGAGACAGGACACCAGGUGUUGCUGUGGUAACCAAACACUCACG